UUAGCGUAGAGUUUCUGAGAGUCCAAGCUAUGACAGACAGUGUUUUUGUUUAUUUCCAUUGAUCAUCAAAGAUGACCUGAAAUUUAGUUAACGAUGGAUUUAGCAGUAGACAGACAUAGUUAGAUAUCACACAGUAGCCGAUGUGGAAUGGCGAUGUACCAAGUGCCAGCCUCUCCGAACACUAGUAGACUGGAUCACCCCCACGCUACGCAUGAUUCAAGAACCAGUCUAGUUCACGAUUCGAGAGUAAAUCUGACGCAUGUUUCACGAUCAAGCUUGGUGCAGGAUCCGAGGGGCGACCCUUCCCAGGGCUCAAGAAAUCGCAACUCCAGAUCAGACCAAGGCCCAGGUUUGAGGACGAGUGGCGUCUAUGACUCACAAAGGAACAUUGUUCAUGGGUCACAGGGGAAUGUUCGAGAUUCAAGAGGGAAUUUGGUGCAGUUAAGUUCGCAUGGUGGUGGUUACGACUCCAGAGGAAAUGUAGCUCAAGGAUCGCCAGGUGGUGCGUUGGAUUCGAGAGGGAGUUUGGCUCAGGGGUCACGUGGGAGCAUCUCGCGUGAUUCAAGGGCAGGUCUAAAUCAGGGAUCAAGAGGGAGUAUUGCUCGCCGCAGUACGGGAAGCAGUAUCUAUGGCUACCUAGUCGGAGGAAGAGGUAUUGAAGCGUCUGAGAUUUUCAAUGUCCUACAGAAGGGGCUUCUCAUCUUAUCAGGUGGUCAUGACCCACAGGGAGGCCCGCUGAUCACGUUUCCAGCCAAUGGGAAGCGAGGAGACUUCUCGCCACAGGACAUCACCAUGUGUUUGAAGUACCUCGCCCAGGUCCCCAGCGAGGAGUACAAGAGAAGGGGCUUCUCAGUGGUGAUUGACAGCCGAGAUGGAUCAUGGUCCAACUUGGUCACAGUUCUUGGAUGUUUGAAGCAGUCACUAGGGGAGUACUUGAAGCAGGUGUUUGUCAUUCAGACAGACUAUGACCGAAGAUCCAGUCUGAAACGAGAGAAACCCAGUGUUAACAUAGAGCCUCAAUUCAUCUCCAUAGAGCAACUACAUACCAAGAUUGACAAGAUUCAGCUCACCUCUGACGUCGGAGGUUAUCUCUCGUACAACAAUGCUGCCUGGCUGCAAAACAGACUGGAUUUUGAGAAGUUUCUUCAUGAUGCUGAAGCGGAGGUGCAGCACCUGGAUGAGCAAGAGGUUGAGAUCCACAAGCGCUACUCGACCCACGAACCCCAGUCCAGUCCGCUCGAGGCGCUACGGCAACACCGCUUCUUCGAGGACUCCAUCAUGACGGAGUCAACGACCGUCAUACGACAAGGUCGUAAGCUGCUAGAGAACCUGCAGUAUGAUGCACGACAGAGUGGGUUCCGGUUGGAUGAAGAAGUAGUUCCGAACCCCGACAACCUGGAGACCCAGAAACAGACGAAGCGCGUCAUCCAGUACCUGGAGAACCGCAUCGAGAAGAUGAGAGACAUGCUGGAGAGCCGAGAUCGCUCGCUCAACAUGAACAUGCAGUACGAUGACUGGAAGAGAAAUGUCAAAACAGUUCUUGACUGGAUUCUGGGACCUGGAGAAAAGCUGCUGGCCUCUCAGGCAGACAUCGGUGACUCGUACGAAGCCGCGGAAGUCUUGAGAAAACGACACGAAGAACUGGAAAUCAAAUGCACUGAUACGUAUGGCCAGUAUGCCGAGUUGCGACACGAAGCAGAGGAAAUGAUAAGCGGAGGUCACCAGGUGUCAAACGACAUCAAGUCCGAGCGUGACUACAUGGACACGGUCUGUCGGAGCUUCGCAAGUCGGCUCGAGAGACGGCGGAUUCUCCUCAUCACGUCGGUCAGAUUCCACAGAUUGGCUGAAGAGUUUUCGCGACGUCUUGACGACCUGCUGGAAUUGCUGUGUUCUGACGUUGUAGCAGAGGACGUUGAGAGUGCGGAGAAAGCUAUCAAAGUGCUGCAUGAAAAAUGUGAACAAAUCGACAAUGCGGCACAGAAAACAUUGAAUGAUGGACAGAGUCUGGUGGAUGAAAUGUCUCGGCCAAUCAAAAACGCUUUUGGAAAAGACAUCUCGCCAGACUACGAUGGCCAAGUAAAACACGUGACGAAGAAUCUGGAGGACCUACAGGAGCGCAAGAUGAGGUGUGAUGAACUGGCCGACGUGCGCAAGUUAAAACUACAACAGAUUUUACAACUGAGGACGUGCGAGAUGGAUGCUGAUCAGGCCAUAGACUGGAUCUUUGAGCUGGGCGAUGUGAUGGCCAGCACACACACAGAAAUGGGACGGACAAAAGAAGAGGCAGAGUCUUUACAAGACGAACACCGCAAGUUUGAAUCAACGGCUGCAGGAACUUAUGAGUAUGGAAAACAGUUGUUACAAGCAGCUCUGGUUCUUAGACGAUCCCUGCGCUAUGACCUUGAACCUAAUAAUGAAAGAGCUCGGCGAUUGGAGGAGGCAUGGAAGAGAUUUUCACAGGGAACCAGUGAACGAGCCAAUCGUCUCACAGUAUCAGCCAUGUUUUUGUCGUCAUGUGACCAGCUGUUUGAUCGGAUUGAGCAGAUUCUAGGGAUCAUCUCUCAAGCGCUAACGCAUGAGGUCCCGAUAGAGGAGGUUCUCGUCAAGUACCAGACGGCCAAGGAGAAACUACUGGAUGACUGUAACGAGACCAUCCAGAUGGGACAGGCUCUUCUAGACCGGCUCGCCCUGCCCAUUAUACUGCCUGAUGGGAAUGACCGAGGUUUGACAGUUGAUGAAGAAGGUGCCGUUGACAACAUAAAUCACAAACUGAGAAAACUGGAUCGAAAACUCAACGACCUCAACAGAUACUGGUCAGAACUGGAAAACAACCAGAGAAACCCAGACUACAAGCCUCAACUACACAGGACUCCAUCCAGAAAUAGACUUCCAGCCAGUAGAAAAGAGGAAUCGUCACCACGGAAACGACCAAGCAGACGGGCAAGACAUAAAAUUUCAUUGAACGGAUUGAAACGAGGUGAUAAAGAAAUAGUUCCAGAUCAGAGAGAUACUCAGGUCAGAUCGGAUUAUCCUUUGGGUGUAGGAACACAAAAUGGACAGCCGUAUUACCCAGAAAGUAGUGCAGCAGAUGAUGGAAGAACACAGCAAGAGAAGGAAGAUCAAAGCAUUGACGACGUUAACCGAUAUUACUCUAACGCGAGUGACGUUCCAAGCCAGUCGUUAGGUUACUAUCCCGAUGAUUCAAAUAGCUCUUACUACAUCAACCAACAAGGACAACCUGAGUCAUAUGAUCCUAACCAGAGUUAUCCAUCCGGGACAGAAUAUCCGACAGAGAGGCAACCGGAGUCGUACAACCCGGAUCAGAGUUAUGUGUCUGAGCAACAAUUUCAGCCAAGCGAUCAGUACAAGUCAGGUGGGUUUGAGCCACAGUUUUCAGAACAUCAGGACAUGGUUCCUUACAGUCAGGACACGGGUCCUUAUAGCCAGGACACAGGUCCUUACAGCCAGGACACUGGUCCUUACAGUCGGUAUGAUCCAGAUCAGAGUUAUCUGUCUGAACAGUCGUAUCAACCCAACAAAUCUCAGCAGUAUGAUCAAAGUGGUGGUCCAUAUGAAUCGCAGAUGGAGUCGGAAAAUGUCCAGAGAGUGGAAACAUUGCCGUUAUCUGCCUCAGUUCCUGAUGAAGAUGAUGAUUUUGGAAGAAAGCUAGCUGAGAGUGCAGAAUGGAUCCGGGUUCGAGUCCACCAGAUGGAACCGGAUCUGAUGGAUGUCGGCACCAACCUUGAUGAGGCCGUACAGUUACAACGCGAACAUGAAGAACUGCUCGCCAAACUCAAGGCCAAGGAGGGCGAGGUCAAAGAACUGCUCGCCAGUGCCGACUCAUACGCCGACGAGAACCGCUCACAAGCCGACGUGCAUAGCGCGAUGGCUGACACGAUGACGGAGGCCUGGAAGGACCUGAACGACAAACUGGAGUACAGAAAACACAUGCUGGAACAGAGCGUCACAUUCCACAAGAGUGCACAAGAUCUUUCCGCACAAAUGGAAGUGGCCCAAAGCAACUUCACGGCAGUGCCACUCGCCACUAGCGUGGAUACAGCUCGCUCUAUGCUCCAGCAGCACCAAGAAAUCAAACAAAACAUCCUUGAAACAUCCAAGUAUACACUGGACAUGGGUCAGAAUCUGCUUGAUCGCAUCCGAGAGAUGGGUAUGCAUGCAGAUCUACAGAACAAGCAUGCGACCACAGCAGCCUGUUACGGGAUAGAACACCUAUUGGAAAAACUACACGAUCGCAGACGGCACCUGGAAGACCUCAUGUCACAACGAAAACAAAGACUCGAACAAUGCUUGCAGUUGUGCCAGCUUGACCAAGAAGUCAAUAAGAUUUUGGAAUGGUUCCACACCGUGGGCAGCACAUACCUUCAGAAAACAGAUCUUGGCUACUCAUACCAAUCUGCCAAGAAUAUUCAAGACGCACAUUGCAACUUUGAACAACAAGCUGCCGAAAUGCAGUCGACAAUGAUGCAGCUGAUCCGAACCGUUGACCAGCUAUUGCGUCGGGCGAACCUCGACGCAGAGAGCGUGCGUCAGCGGUUGCAGCACGUCGACGAAGAGUGUGAGAACUUCAUGGUCAGCAUGGACAACAGGAGAAAGAACGUUUCCAGCGCCGUAUCUUUCUUCAGUCAAGCAGAAACGGCUCUAACACAACUGGAUCAGAUAGAAGUCCAACUGAACACCACGGACUUGCCGCGUAACAGCGCAGAGCUUGCCGAGCGUCAUGCACAGCUGUCUAACGCCAUCGUGGAGGUGUCCACAUCGGCGCUCCUUGAGGGUCGAGUUCUACUAGAGAGGGUCAGUAGGCUCGACACCGGAGCCGAUGGUGUCAGGCAAAAGAUGGAUGAGCUGGAAGCUCGCUGCGCCCAACUUGAACAGCUGUGUAAGGCCCGACGGGCUGAAGCUUGGGAGCGCAGCCAGACCUACCUCAUCUUCCAGGAGAAAUUCAACAGUUUGUUUACCUGGAUGACCCAGAUAGGUCAGGCCACGCUUAGUCGCCAUGGAAACAUCGGGACAAGCCUUACCAGCGCCAAAGAUUUUCUAGAAAUACAUGAGCAGUUGGAUGAAGACAUAAGAGACAAAAAUGCGGAGAUUAAUUCCUUAUCUGACGCAGUGGUCAACCUGGUCAAGUCAGGGGAUCAGGAGGCCUCAUCUGCAGCGGAGAAGGUCGAAUCAAUGCGCGCACAGCUACUCCGGCUACACAACAUCACGGAGAACCGCAUCCACCUAGCACUGCUCUAUGUCUCAUUCCUCAGGCUCUCACAGCAGCUGGCCAGUCACAUGGAUGGCCUAGAACACAUUGUGCGCUCUGAAACGGAAGAUCUGCAAGAGUUAACCGACGCCGCAGUUCUUCAUACGCAGGAUAUGUACAACAAGGCGCACCAAACAUUUUCGGAAUUCGAUGAGAAGGGCAACACAUUUUUGCUUAACUCAGCAACGGUCUCCGAUGACUCUACGUUGGAGAUCCGGAACUCUAUCAUGACAGUGGAGCGAUCACUGAUGGAGUCGCGAGAACGGAUGUCGCUACUCACAGAACAGUGGGAGGCAUGGCAGCUCCGAGUUUCAUCCAGCAAACAGUUCAAAUCACAGUGGCACCAGUUCAUCCAGGAUGCCAGGAAGACCAUUGAUUGGGUGAUGACUGUGGAAAGGGAGUUUUUCCUUCCCUAUAUUGCUGGUAACCUUGGCAGCUCCUUGGAAAGAGCUCAGGAGUUGCAGCAGAAACUGGAAGACUUCGGCCCUGUUGCAAAGAAAGCACAGGAGGAAAUUGAAGGACACUUAAAGACUGCAGAGUUGCUGUCCCUCAAGGGAGACACAAAGGGACAGAAGGAUCAGAUUAUUAACGAGCUGGUCAAGGUCCACCAACGCUUCCAGUCACGCAUCAACGAGUACCAGAUCCUACUGAAAAUGACAAUCCAGUUCUUCAAAAACCUGCAUCAGCUGGAUGAAGUAAUAGAGCGAACGGAGCAUGCCUACGCUCAGCUUCAGCUUCCAACAGACCUCAUGCAAGCUGAGAAGAUGCUUGAUGAUCACAAGCGCAAGAAGUCUGAAAUCUCCCAGAUGAUCCACUUCACUGCCGAUGAGGGAGAGAAGAUUGUACGCAGAGUGCGGCAGCAGGACGCGACUGCUGUUGCGCGCGAUGAUGUCCGUGGCGUGCUGAGCGUCACGGAGGAGUACAAGCGCCGCUGGAACAGCACAUGGGAGGAGCAUCAGCGGCGCCUGCAGCAGAACCUACAGAUCUGCCAGUUCAACUACGACCUGCGGCAGAUCCACUCCGAGAUCGACGAGCUGCACCAACACCUGCAGGCCCGCCGCGGCAGCUAUGGCAACAACCUGCCCGCCGCAAAGAUGACCUCGCAGGCUUUCCAACAGUUCGAGCUAACUGUUGAUAUAAUAGAGAAGAAGAUCACAAAUUUCACGAGCACGGCUGAACUGAUGGUUCAGGACAAGCACUACGACUCGGUGCACAUCCGGCGAGAGAUUGAUGUGCUGCGAAACAAGUGGAGCACGUUCCACACGACAGUGCGCGACUACCGCUGCCAGCUCGACACGUCCAUCCUCUACUUCACACUCAUAGAAGAGUGUGAGAUGUGGAUGAAGGAAGGAAGUCUCCUGCUGAUCACAAUCGGACGUCAGUCGACCGAGUGCCGCACACCGCAGGAGGCAAGCGAACUCAUCAAGAAGCUAGAGAAGUUUGUAGAAGAAGGCAAGCCUAAACAAGAAGAGAGGCUUAAACAAGUAUCAGAGUUGGCUGUUCAGCUGUAUGGAGACCAAGGUCCAAGCCGUAUCCGCAAUGUGGUCAUACAGUACCAGGACCUAAUGCAGUCGUUUGAACAAGCCGACAACGAACUCUCCAAUUUGAAAGACAAUAUGGAGGGAGCCAAGCCUGUUGAAGAAAUGAUGAUGUCACAACAGGCAGUCAAAGCUGCAGCUCCACAGCAACAGGCUAGACCACCGCGCAUCAUUCAACACCUCAAGAAUGCCGAAAUGGUCGAAGGAGCAAAAUUCACAUUUGAGUGUCGUAUCGAGAGUGACACCCUGGCAGAGGUCACCUGGUUCAAGGACAACCUGCCACUGACGAGCCCAGACUACGAGACUCGCUACGUCAAUGGCGUCGCCACGCUGACGAUCGAGGAAACAUUCUCCGAGGACACGGCUCGAUACACCUGUCAUGUCACUAAUGCUGCUGGCUCAGCAGAAUCAUCAGCUCAUCUCACUGUCAAAGAAACUCAUCAUCAAAUCGUACCUCCUGAAUUUCUCAAGACCUUGAAGUCAUGUGAGGUUGUGGAAGGGAAUCCCUUUUCAUUUGAAUGUCACGUGCAGGGAAUUCCCUCUCCUACCGUAUCAUGGUACAAAGAUGAGCUAAACAUUGACAAUUCUCCAGAUUAUGUUUUCACGAAAAUUAACGGCAUGUGUUGCCUAAAGAUCAGACAGGUUGCUCAACACCACACUGCACGUUACACCUGCCGGGCUCAAAACUCGGGCGGUGAUAGUGCAUCGUCUGCAAGACUGUCGGUCAUACCACUGCAGAUUCCAGCUUUUCAUCAACCACUACAGGAUGCUUCAAUCCCAGAAGGCAAAGGAGUCCGUCUCGAGGUUAGAUUCACAGGCUCUCCCCAGCCGGAGAUUACGUGGUUCCGUGGGACAGAGGUCAUCACAUCGACAGGACUGUUCAAGGUCACGAUUAAGAUGAACCACUCUUCACUGGACAUUCUCGAAGCGUUUCCCGAAGAUUCGGGAAUCUAUACAGUAGUAGCAAAGAACGCAGCGGGCGAAGCAAGAACAGCCUGUACUCUCACUGUUGAGUUGUUCUACUCCAGUACCGGAGAGGACAUGUCUCAAGCAUCAGUGGAGCAAGAACCAUUAAAACCACAAUUCACUCAGCACCUGCCGCCCACACGCUCUGCACCCGAGGGGAGUCGAGUCCGACUCGAUUGCGUCAUCAUCGGCAACCCGGAACCGGAAGUGAUCUGGUUCAAAAACGACAAACCGAUCAAGGAGUCGAAGAACCUCGAACUGCUGUUCGAAGGUGAUCGGUGCAUCAUGGUUCUGCGUGAGGCGAUGCAGGAGGACAAGGGGACGUACCAGUGUGUGGCCAGGAACCCACACGGAGAGGCCGAGAGUAGCACCAAGUUACACAUUGAACCAGCUCUAUUUUCCAAAACAGCCAUCAGUGAGCUGAGCGACGCGUCUAUUGGAGAACCGUCACCACCGAGGUUCACGCAGCUGCUGAAGGACGUCCUGGUAAAGACGGGACAGAGGGUGUGUCUGCAGUGUCGCGUGACAGGUCACCCACUGCCCGAGGUCACCUGGUACAGAGACAACAGACUGGUGGAGAGCUCCACCGAUUUCCAAAUAACAGCAUUUGCUGACGUAUAUUCACUGACCAUCCCGGAGGUGUUUGAGGAAGACACAGGUGACUAUCUCGUUAAGGCUGUAAACCAGGCAGGUGAGGCCAAGUGUCUGUGCAAGCUCACGGUUGAGCCCACACCUGAGAUUUCCAUGGUGAAACGAAUGGUCACCGAAACCAGGACGAUGCAGCGAGAGGAGAUGAGACAAGAACCACCGGAAUUCAAGAAGUUAUUCCAGGACCUGGCGGCCCGGCCUGGAGAAUGUGUCAAAUUUGUCGCAGUGAUCACUGGAAGUCCCAAGCCAAAGGUGCAGUGGCAGUUCAAUGGAGAACCGCUGGUUUCCCAGGACUACCACGUGAGCAUGGAGGGAAAUACUUACAGACUAACAAUACCUGAAGUCUUUGAUGAGGACGCCGGUCGAUUUUCCAUCACGGCCGAGAACCCAUCGGGCAAGGCCACGUGUUCCGCCAUGCUGUCAGUCCUCGCUAGCCCCACCCAUGCACCCAUUCAGCCAAUGGGGAUGAAGCCAGUUAAGACACAGCCAACUGCAGCGCCAACCAGGCCUAUUCCCAUGGAUACUUUUGAAAGCAAAACAACUCGCACUGUGACUCAGACCGAGACUCGUCUGAGUCGGAUGAUCACCGACAUGCAGGACGAGAGCGUCGCACGUCAUGCCACCACCAUCACCACCGAGGUCAGAGGUCAACAACUCCAGCCUCAAGAGCAGUUUGCGACCACGCUCACAACAGAAAUGGCACCACAGUACCAGCCUAUUGACCUCACGAUUGAAGUACCGAUACCACCAAAGUUCCUUCAGGCUCUGAAGAAUGUAACGGCCAUGGAAGGAACUAGAGUAGUCUUUGAAGGUGUUGUAACAGGGAGACCAGAGCCUUGUAUUAAAUGGUUCAGAGAGGGCAGACAACUCACAGACCAGGCUGACUUCGAGAUUGCCUACCGUGAUUGUCGCGUGACACUGACGAUUCCAGAAGUGUUUGAGGAAGAUGCAGGCGAAUUCCGCUGUACCGCAGAAAACAUUGCAGGCAUGACAUCCAGCACAACAGAGCUCAUUGUCAGAGCUUCCAUGACACCCCCAUCAUUCACAGAAAAACUCCAGAAGGUGUCGACGAAGGAGGGCCAGCCUGUCAAACUGACAGUCCGUGUUGCCGGGAAACCGACUCCACAGGUCACAUGGUACCGUGAGGGGUCACGCAUCGUCAGCUCACCUGACUUUGAGAUCAUCCAGGAAGGGGACAUCCACUCCCUGUACAUACCUGAGGUGUUCUAUGAGGAUUCCGGACGAUUCAUGGUCCGUGCCGAAAACCCAGCAGGGGAGGCUACUUGCUCAACACAACUCACUGUUGCAGCUCCCCCACCAGAAGCUCCAGAACCGGUCCCACGAGCACCGGAGCGGAAACCAGUGUAUGAAGCAUUUGAGCCGCAGAAGGCUCCACUGGCCAAGUCUCCACUCCGGCCAUUCCAAGAGAGAGAGGAACAACCAGUUGCUAAGGUUCCCAAACUGCAGCAGCCAACCGAGUUUGCCCAGCCUCCUCCUCCUCCUCAGGAGCCACAGAUGUUCCGCGACCAGAUAGACAUGCAGAUAGAAGGGCAACCGGAGUUGCCUGCCUUUGAGAAGAGGAUUGCUAUUUUCCAGCAACAGGAGGAGGAACAACCACCACCACUACCGAAAUCGGAGAUUCCGAAGAAACCACUUAGCACUGGCAAGGAAAAGCCAACAUUUAUUCAGGUCCUUCCACCAUCGUUGGAGGCCAGGCAAGGUGAAAAGGUUGUGUUCGAGGUCCGAGUUGGAGGUCAGCCAGAACCCAUCGUGAAGUGGUAUCGGGAAGACACGGUUAUAGAUAACUGUCCUGAUUACGAGAUAACCUACUCAGAGACUUUACACAGACUGACUAUCAUCGAGGUUUUCCCAGAGGAUUCUGGGAGAUUCUCGUGCAUUGCCACUAAUGCCGAUGGAUCCACAGCCACAGACUGUUUCUUGAGAGUAGAACCUGGAUCUCCAUCACCCAUGGAAGUGGCCCCCGAGCCGAUCACCCACGCUCAGGUCCGACCUCCGCCAGAGGUUGCUCCAAAGCGUGCACCACCAGUAUACCAGCCACCUCCACCGCCACCACCGCCCGUGUGGAAGCCAGAGCAGGUGACACCAGUAAGAACAACACCUCAAGAAGUCCCUCCAAAACCUGCACCUGCUGUGUGGUCACCACCAUCUCCACAGGUUGUACAGAAGCCGGCCAUGCCAAGCUGGGUGGCACCGGAGCCAUUAGCCCAGAUUCCGCCAUCGUUUGUGCAGCGUCUCCAGGACGUGCGCCUGGUGGAAGGAACCAACAUCAAGCUGGAGUGCCGAGUCCUUGGCAAACCCUUCCCCAAGAUGAGCUGGACCCACAACCGCCGGCCCGUCUACGAGGGUCUGCGACACAAGGUGAUCACCGAUGAGAAGACCGGGCGGUGCACGCUGCUCAUUUCAAAGACCCUGUCUGACGAUGAGGGAGAGUAUACGUGCUCAGCAGUCAACACGGCGGGCGAAGUGUCAACAACGGCGCGCGUUCUGCCGGAAGGACCACGCUACAAAGAACAGCCGACUGAGGCUGACCAGAGUUCCAUCCAGGAACUGAUGCGUCGCCAGGAGGCGCCACCGUCCCCGCAGCGAGAGAGAGAGUUCUACGUGACCCCGGGUCAGCGUCAACUUCACCAGAGAGCGGAAGAAAGACUCGCCUCUGAGCAGGAGGAUGAACCAAUGACAUUUGAGAGGAGCAUAAGUGUGGAGUCUGAGUUCCGCGUCACUAAGUUUGAGCAGCGACUCAUGAAGGAGAUUGAGUACCGAGAAGGCAAAGUUCGCUUCCACAGUGAGACAGAGACCGAAUACGACUCGGAACAGCCCGAGGAAAAGGUCGGACCAAGCCAGGCGGCUCCACCACAGAUUUCACAGCCACUCAGAGAUCAGAGACUCAUCGAGGGAUCCGACGCCAAGUUCGUCUGCAGAAUCACGGGAAAACCCAGACCAAAGAUUGCCUGGUACAAGGAUGGCAAGCGUAUCAAGCGUUCGAACCGUUACGACAUCAAGUUCACACCUGAAGGUUAUUGUACCCUGGAGAUCCGCAUGUCCCUGGCAGAAGACACCGGCCACUACACCGUGCUGGCCGUCAACUCUGCUGGCAAGACGACUUGCUCGGGGCAACUGAUUGUCGACCAGCUGGGAACCAUCGAUGCCACCUCAUUCGUCGCCCCUGAAACUCUGCAUAAGAUUCUCAGAAGGGACUCCGACAGGGGUCGCUCUGGCCCAGAAGAUCAGGGAGGGAUCUUUGAAACAUGCACCCGCCCGUCUUUCAAGAAACUGCCCCACGACCAGCAGGCUCACGAGGGUCAGACCGUGAGAUUCGACUGCCUCAUCUCUGGGCGGCCACAGCCAGACAUGAUCUGGUUCCGCAACGGCUUCCAGAUCCACAACGAUGACUACCACAAGAUUGUCGUCAAUGAAGACGGCAUCCACUCGCUGCUCUUCAUGUCGGUAUCGCGACAUGACGCCGGAUCGUACACAUGUAUUGCACGCAACAAAGCUGGAGAGGACACAUUCACUGUGAAUCUUAAUGUUUUGGAAAAAGAAGACCAACAGAUUCCACGAUUUAUUGAGAGACUUCAGAACUUCACUAUCAGGGAAGGUCACCCAGUCAAACUGACCUGUCAAGCCAAUGGAGUGCCUACACCCAUGAUGAGCUGGCAGAAAGAUGGCCGAAUGUUGACACCCAACAUGCCAUACAAAAUUGACAGUGAUGGCGGUCGCAGCACUCUAAACAUCGACCGCGCUGAGCCAUCGGACUCGUCAUGGUUCACUUGUCAAGCCGUGAACAUCGCCGGCACAGCAUCAACCAGAGCAAAACUUCUUGUGCAAGUCGAAACUCGCAAAAUUGAACCAGAAAGGAAAGUCAGUAAUCCAAAGAGAGUUACAUCCCCCCAUUAUGAGAUACAGCCUGAAGGACCAGUUCAGCAGAUUUCUUACGUUAAUAAUGGCGACAGUGCCACUCUUCGUCUAGUUCGUGAAGACGAUGCUCGAAGUUACUAUGAUAUACAAGAACGAGGGUAUGUGCAGGAAAUUAAUUAUGCCUCUGAAACUGAACGUGGCCAGCUUAGAAUCAAAUCACCAUCAGAAUUUGAUAGGGAGAGCUCUUCCGACAUUUCCUCUUUUCUCUCCACCCCUCCGGUGACCUCUACCCCCCAGGAGCGUGUGUUUGAAUACCUGACUGUCUCACCCACCCAUACCCCCCUCUCUACCAGCAUCUCGCUUGAAGAUUUUGGAAUUUAUAGUCACAGAGCUCCAGUCCAAGAGAGGAUUCCAGUAUCUCCCAUUAAGACACCAACAAAGGCACCACCACCACCACCUCAGCCAGUACCUGUAGCACCAGCUGCUCCAGAAGUGCCUGUUGCUAUGGAAACCAUAGAGGGCGAAGAGGAGUAUGUAACUCCGAGUGUUUCUGAGGCCAGAAAGAGGUUUGAGAAACCAGACGAAGUGCCACUACCAUUGCCAGGGAAAAUGCCCCAAGCUCAGGCACUGCCAGCAGGUGCCAAGAAGCCUGAAGCGCCACCUGUUGAGCAGAGAUUUGUCUCCAUGGAGGCGCCAAAGGCGAAGAAACCAAGAGAGAGGUCACCAAGUUAUGACAUUCAACAAGAAGGCCCAGUUCAACAAAUCAGCUAUGCUUCAGAUACAGAAAGUGGAUAUCUAAGAUUGGUUGACGAACCAGAGUUACCAAGGAAACAAGCCAUUGACCGGGCACCAAAGCCAGAAGUGCCAUUUGUUCCAGAGCAAAGGAUUGUACCUGAAACUGCUAAAGUUGCACCUAAAGUGGCAUACAAACCAGUGCCACCACCACCACCACCACCACCACCACCACCACCUACUCUGGCUCCAAAACCAACACCCAAACUGGUUAUAAAACCACAGCCUUUGGUAGCUCCGUCUCCAGCCACUGUGGUCUACAAACCACCAUCACCAGCAGUAGUAGCAGCUCCAGCAUCACCAGCAGUGUUGGUGGCUCCACCAUCACCCGGUUUAGUGUACAAACCGGUUGUUCCGCCAGUUACAGCACAGAAGCCAAGACCUGUGUCCAAGCCACAACCACCGGCACCACCACCUCCUGCUACAAAAGUACAGGCACCUGAAGCAUAUAAACCACCACCACCUCAAGAAGUCCAAAGGGCCCCAGCACCUGUGGUUUUCAGACCACCGCCUCCACCACCACCACCAGUGGUAGAAAAGGUCCCAGCACCUGUGGUGUUCAGACCACCACCACCACCAGUUGAAGAAAAAGCCCCAGCACCUGUGGUGUUUAGACCACCAGCACCACCAGUGGUACAAAAGGUCCCAGCACCUGUGGCGUUUAGACCACCACCACCACCACCACCACCAGUCAUACAGAAGGCUCCAGCACCUGUGCCCUUUAGACCACCAGCACCACCAGUGGUACAAAAGGCCCCAGCACCUGUGGUGUUUAGACCACCACCACCAUCACCACCAGUCAUACAGAAGGCUCCAGCACCUGUGGUGUUUAGACCACCACCACCAUCACCACCAGUCAUACAGAAGGCCCCAGCACCUGUGGUGUUUAGACCACCACCACCAUCACCACCAGUCAUACAGAAGGCCCCAGCACCUGUGGUGUUUAGACCACCACCACCAUCACCACCAGUCAUACAGAAGGCUCCAGCACCUGUGGUGUUUAGACCACCACCACCGCAAGUUGUUCCAAGGGCAGCACCUCCCAUGGUGUAUCAACCACCACCACCACCACCACCACCACCAGUUGCACCCAAGCCAAGACAGGUUGCUCCAAAACCGAAGAAGGUUACCUUGGUGAUACCAGAAAAAGAGAGCCCUAUUGGAUACGACAUACAAGAAGAGGGUCCGGUACAGCUCAUUAGCUACGCAUCGGAUACGGAAAGUGGAAGUCUUCGGCUUGUGAAAGCACCAAAAGCAAUUCCACCUAGACCGAUUCCAGAACCCGAACCAGUCACAUCUACACUUCUGAUUAAACAGAAAGAUUACAGGCCAGUGGUGCCACCAUCACCUAAGGUGGAACCGAAAAAAGUUGAAGUAUUUGUACCACCGCCACCAACGCCACUUCCAAGUGAACCUGUUAGGGUUCCUCCCCAAAUAGCACCCAAGAAAGCCCCUCCCCCAACAGCUCAAAAACCAAAGAGCCCCGCUCUCACACGGGUACGACCUCGUAAGCAGGUCCCUGAAGAAAGUCCAAAACCAAUUAUUCUACGUCAGGAGUCGACUCCAUGGUCUCCAGAAAAAAUAGAUGUUCCGUCAGCGGUUCAGAAAUAUCCACAGGGGCCUUCUACAUAUCCUGUUGCACACGAAAUAUCUGCCAUCGCAAUUAAACUAGUAGACUCCAGCCAACAACCUGAUCAUGAAAGUGCCGUUCGUGAGUACAUCAGGCGUGAGGGUAUGGAGCCUCCACUUGAGGACAUCUUUGACAGGACGAAGCCCCGCCCACCAAAGUUCAAAACGCAGAUCAAACCACUGAUGAACCUGCGCGAGAACGAUGCUGUACACUUUGAGUGUCGACUCGUGCCAAUGGGCGAUCCCACCAUGCAAGUCGAGUGGUUUAAAGAUGGGCAGCCUUUGCAUCACGGAUAUCGUUUCCAACCGAUGUACGACUUUGGGUUUGUGUCCCUGGAUAUCCAGUAUGUUUAUGCAGAGGAUUCUGGGAUAUAUUCCUGCCGAGCAACAAAUGCAUAUGGUGAAGAUACAACCACAGCUGAAGUUAGAUGUAAAGCCAAGAAGGCCAUUAUUAUGGACACCCAGCUGCCUGGAGAUGGCGCCACUCGACUCCAAGAGAUGGAGGAACACUGGAGAAGCCAAAUGGAUAUUGAAGAGAAAUACAUUGAAGAGCCACAGCCUCGUUCUGCACCGACCUUUGACCUCAAGCCAGAACCGGUUGAAACCGGUGAGGGCGAGCCAGCCAAAUUCCUUGUUAAGGUCAGCGGUUUCCCCCGCCCAAGAGUGUCUUGGUGGGUGAAUGGAAGCAUCAUUGUAGGGGGCUCGAGAUUCAAGGUGACGUACGACGGCAUGAUGAAUUACCUGAUCAUCCCGCGCUGCCGUGAGUACGAUGCUGGUCAGAUCCGCGUCGUCUGUAAGAACUCUGAGGGAGAGGCUGAAUGCAGCACUUCGCUAAUCGUGAUGCCCAAAGAAGACUGGAGAGCCAAGCUGAGACAGGCACCGAAAGGAGAACUUGAAAUUGAGUUGGAGAGAAGAAAGAAAAUAGAACUGAGAAGUGUGGAGCUGGACAGAGCUUUCAAGAAGCCCAAAGCCACCGAGUUCGAACUGAGACAGCUGGAAAAAACCACCGACUACAAGGUGAAGAUGCGUCGCGACCAUGAGGUUGUCACUGCAGAACAGCAGUACAUCAGCAUCCACACCCAACUGAUGCCGACGAAGAAGCCCGCCACCGAGCGCGCCAGCAUGGUGACCAUCAUGCCAGACGUAGGAAAAAUAGCAGAGGAGCCUUUUGCUAUAACCGAGAAACAGAUCACGCUGGAACAGGGCGAACCACCAGUCUUCUCCAAACCUCUUAGACCUCAGAGAAUCACAGAGGGCAGUUCAGUGCAACUUGAGGUUCAGUUCAAAGGCACACCACCCCCGACCAUCACGUGGUAUCGAGAUAGUUUUGAAAUACAGCCAUCAAGAGACUUCCAGGAAAAUUCAACGAGUGAACCUGUGAUAACAACCUCCGACAAGAACAGCACACUGUUCAUACCCGAGGUGUUUAUUGAAGAUGCUGGGAUGUUCACAGUGAAAGCUGUCAAUAAAUUUGGCCUUGUCCAGUGCAAGGCAAAACUCACUGUCACUGAGGAAGAAGAACCAGAACGUGCGUUGUCACCAGAGUUCAAGAGUUUGAUUCGAGACAGUCUCGUCACACAAGGUGAACCAGCGACUUUCGACUGCCAGGUCAUUGCAAACCCCAAACCAAAGAUACAAUGGACAAAGGAUGGUAAACCAAUGUAUGAGAGCCAUCGCUGGAAGUUCAUCGGAGAAGAGAACAACUACACGCUGGUCAUCUACGAAGUCCAGCCCGAGGAUAUUGGGAUGUACGCCUGCGUUGCCAUUAAUGACGUUGGCAAGGCCACCUGCACUGCCAGACUUUCAGUUGAAAUUCCAGUGCAACCACCAAAAACCUUACCAAAGGAUGAAAUCAAACCUGUUAUGGCGCCCAGAAUUGAGGAACAGCCGAAGCCAGUUGAAGUGGAUGAAGGAGAACCAGUCAAGUUUGUCUCCCGAAUCUCAGGAUCACCUACACCAGUCGUGACCUGGUACCGUAACAACCAGGUUGUGAAGCAGUCGAAGUAUUUCCGGAUGGAAAGCACCACUGAAGGACUGCACAAGCUCACCAUUGUGGAGGCAUUCUCCGAAGACUCGGGCACCUACAAGUGUGUCGCUCGUAACCAAGGAGGCGAGAUCUCCUGCGUGACUUUCCUUAAAGUCCAUGGCCUGGAAAGCGAGUCUGAGCCACCUCAGCCAAUGGCUGUUCCUCCCAGCUUCAUCAAGCCAAUCACAAACACGAUGGUUAUUGCUGGGCAAACUGCCAAGUUUGAGGCCAUCUUCACUGGACACCCAAAACCAAUGAUUUCCUGGAUUCGCAAUGGUAUCCAGUCACUGCAAGAUUCCAAGGACCACAAGUUGGAAAUUACUGACAAUAUGACAUCACUGACAAUCCACCAAGCUUACGUGGAGGAUACAGGACUUAUAACAUGUCGGGCCAAAAACCCAGCAGGGGUUUCUGAAUGCUCUGCUGAACUCUAUGUACAAGAACUACCAAGCACAGAGGAAACGACAGCUGAGUUAGCUGAGAAAGACCAGGAUCGAUUGGAGGGUCUGACGCUCGAAGGUACGGGCACGGAGAAGAUUGAGACGGAGGUAGUUUCACACGAAUUUGUUGUCCGCGAAACGACUGAGGUCGUUACCGAGGAAACCACCCUAGACGAGACCCCUGUCCCAGUCAAAGAAGAUGUUUCACUGACUACAAUGUUGUCUGAAGUCUCGCAGUUGUCGGUUGAGGAGACGCGAGGAGACUUUACCGUAGAGGAACGGGAAUCGGUUGAAGAGACGGUUGAAGUUGAGAAGUUGUUGCAGCCCCAGGUGGCGGCCGAGGUGCCUACAGAUGUUGCUGCUGACUUGUUGAUCAUUGAGGAAGAAGUCCCCAUCGAACAAGAGGUGACCUUCAAAGAACAGGUUCCAGAAGAACAAGUUCCGGUUCCAGCAGGAGAGGCUCCAGUCUUCACACAGGAGCUGUCCAAUGUUGAGACCCUUGAGGGCAAACCGGCUCACUUUGAGUGUGUUGUCCGAGGGCAGCCUCAGCCAGACAUCUGCUGGUUCCUCGACGGAGAACCCAUCCAGGAGUCUCCAGUCUUCAAGACAUCCACCAACAUUGACGGCGUCUGUCUUCUGGAGAUACCAGAAGCCCUCCCAGAAGACGAAGGUCAGUUCGAAUGCCGAGCUGAGAAUGAAUUGGGUGUUGCAACCACAAAGGCUGAUCUCUACAUACAAGGCCCAUCUCCUGAUACUAGCAAAGAGGAAGAACUGUCUGAAAAGGAGAGACUGACAUCAGAAGAAGAAAAAGAAGUCGUUUCUGACGAGGAAAGACGUGAAAUUGAAGAAACAGUGGUGCUACCCACAGCAGAUCCUUUUGACUCCCUUAUAUCUGAAGUAGACGAAGCUGCCAAAGAUUUUAAGCCAGAAUUUACGCAAACUCUCGAAAACAUGAUCACAGUCGAUGGAGGAGAUGCUAGAUUGGUGUGCCGUGUCAUAGGUCACCCCAUUCCAGAUGUCACAUGGUUUAAAGACACGGAAAUUAUCGAAUCAUCAGAGGAGUUUCUUAUUACACAAGAAGACGAUUUGUGUAUGCUUUAUAUUAAUGAGAUUUAUCCCGAGGAUGCUGGGAAAUAUAUUGUAGUGGCUAAAAACGAGUGUGGUGUUGCAUCAGUGAUGGCCAGUUUGAUCGUCGAAGCUCCAGAAGAAGUUGUAGAAGUUGCCAAAGAAGAAGUUGAAGCAAUUCCACCAACCUUUGUAGAGAGACCUCACUUCAUCACCGUCAACGAGGGAGAGGAUGUCAGCUUUGAAGGCAAAGUCGUCGCUAAUCCUGAACCUGAUGUCAUUUGGAGUCGCAAUGGUUUUGAAAUCGAAGACACAGAUCGCCAUCAUGUUUCUGUUGCCAAAGAUGUGGAUACGUAUAUCGUGAGUCUCGACAUUGAUGCUGUUACCAUGGAUGAUGCUGGAAACUACCAUGUUUCAGCAACAAACCUUCACGGAGAAGAGAUGGUCUCAGUGUCACUCAUUGUGAACAAAAUCGAAGAAGACAAAACCGAUUUCCGUGAUCAGCUUCAGAAAUCUGAAUUGGAAAUCAAACCAGAACAACCGGAAGAGGUGGAACAGGUGGACUUCCGUGAGACACUCAAAACAGAAGUGAAAACUAAGGUUGGAAUUACAUUUGAAACGCAACAGCUAGACUUUCGCCAUCUUCUCAAAAAAUCAUCUGUGACGGCAAAGAAAUUCUCCCAAGAUGUGAAAACAGAGGAAAUUGUAACAGAAGAAGUAACAGAAGCAGAACAAGUUGAUUUCAGAGAUGUGUUGUCAAAGAAAGUUUCUCUCGAGAUUGAGAAGGACGAACUCAUUGCACCAGACUUCAUUAUCAGAACAAAGGAUGUGACUGUCAAAGAGGGAGAAAGUGCUCGGUUUGACUGCAAGGUCAAAGGUCAUCCCGCUCCAAGCAUCAUGUGGUAUUUUGCUGGCAAGCCAAUCAAAUCUGAUGAUAUAUAUGAAAUAAUUCCUGGCGAAGAAGGCGAGAGUUCUCUGGUGCUUCCUGAUACUCUUCCCGAAGAUUCUGGUAUUUACACUGUGAAGGCUUUCAACUCAGUCAGUGAAGUCGAAUGCUCAGCUCUUCUCACUGUGGAAGAACUUUCCUCAGAGACGAGUUCCAUAAAGUCGAGACAUGACGAAGAGGAGGCAGAGAGUUUACAAGAAGACACAGUAGAACAGGCGGCCAUCAAGAUACAGUCAGCCUUCAGAGGUUACAAGGCUCGUGAGCAAGUCAAGGUUCUGAAACAGCAGUCUGUUGUUGAAGGCGAAGUUACUACCCCUGUGGAAAUCUCUUUUGAAGUGGAAGAAACAACAGAAGAAACUGCAGUUGAAGCAGAAUUCACUCUUCAGACCAAACCAGUUGAAGAUGUGGAAGUGGAGGUAACUCUGUCUCCAAACUUCGAGCAAGGUCUGGAAGACCAGGAGGUUACAGAGGGCGCCACCGUGAAUCUGACAGUCAAGGUCACAGGCAGACCAACUCCAACAAUAACAUGGUACAAAGAUGGCGUUGAGAUAAAACCGAGUGAGCGGUUUGUGAUGAGACAUGAUGUCGACAAGACCUACACACUGACCAUCAAAGACACAACAUUGGAUGAUGAUGCUGAAUAUGUCUGCUCAGCAACAAAUUCUGCUGGGUCCAUCACAACUUCUGCUGAAGUCUUUGUUAAUUCUGCUGGAGUUACUCCAUCAUUCAUUACAACGCUGCAAGAUAUUGAGGUUGAAGUUGGUCUUCCCAUCAUGCUUGAGUGCCAGGUCAAAGGUCAACCAAGGCCAGAGGUCACCUGGUACUGUGAUAAUGUUGAACUGACAGAUGAGAGAUUCAAGAUUGAACACAUUGAAGAAACCGUUCGUCUGACAAUCGCGGAAUCUACUCCUGAUGAUCAGGGAGACUACACUGUUAAAGCCAUCAACGACAAGGGUGUCGCGUCAUGCAGCGCCGAGGUCCUAGUCCACACGGAGGCACCAAUCAUCACCAAGCCCCUUUCUGACAUCAUCACAAAGGUCAAGGACACAGCCCGAUUUGAAUGCAGUGUCUCUGGCAUCCCUCAGCCAACCGUGACCUGGCUUGUCGAUCAAACCGAAAUACAUGAAGGACCAAAAUAUGUCAUCUCUCGACGAGAUGAUGUCUGCACUCUGGAAAUCAAGGAUGUUACACCGGAAGAUGCCGAUGUGACGUACACGUGCAAGGCUAAGAACGUUGCUGGAGAAGCCUCAACGACAGCGUCGCUUCUUGCUCAAGUUCCCGCCCGCAUACUGACUGCCCCUGAUAACGUUACUGUCGGUGAAGGGGAGACAAUCCAUAUCACCUGCAGCAUAGAAGGGAACCCAACUCCUGCCAUCAACUGGAGAGUUAACAAACAACAGCUUGUUGUAGAUGAUCGCCACCAGGUGGCAGCAACACCUGAGAGUGUUACCUUGACGAUUUCUACGGCAUUGGUGCCAGAUACGGCAGUUUAUAACCUCGCAGUCAAAAAUGAUAUUGGAUUUGACAGUACUUACAUCAGUGUUACUGUCCAAUCUGUUGAAGAAGAGGUAGAACCAUCUGGAGAGGCACCAGAGUUUACCCUCACCAUCAAAACACAGACAGUCAAUGAAGGUGACACGGCUGACUUCACCUGCAAGGUGGUCGGUCAGCCGACUCCGACCCUUCACUGGUUCUGUAACGGCAAGUUGCUGGAGGAUGAAGGGCGUUACAUGAUCUUCGAGGAGGACGGUGUCCACCAUCUUGAAAUCUAUGACAUCACCCCCGACGACAACAAGGCUGAGUAUGUCGCCAAGGCUGAAAACCCAUUUGGUGAAACUUCCUGUUCUGCUGAACUCGUUGUCAAGACCAAACCAGUUGAAGAAGUGCCCAAACUUGAAGCUCCAAAAUUCAUUGUUGCUAUAGAAACACUAGAACUGAACGAAGGCGACACAGCCAAGUUCACUGCCAAAGCUGUGGGCGUUCCGACACCGGACCUGAUCUGGUAUAAGAGUGAGACUCAGAUCAGUAAGACAGACCAAGAGUUCACGAUCACGCACGGAGAGCCGGGUGAGUCAUCGCUGGUGAUCGUGAACGUGCGUCCCGAUCAUGACGACACCUACACGUGUGAGGCGCGCAACGAUGCCGGCACUGACACGUGCAAGGCUGAGCUCUUCGUGGAAGGUAAAACAGAGGAAAUUCCAAAAGAAAAGCCUUCUCCACCAGAAUUCAUCAAAUUCCCUGAAAAUGUGACAGCCCGUGAACAUGAUGAAGCUAAGUUCAUGGUCAAGGUUAUUGGUGUUCCAAAGCCCACAGUGACCUGGUUCCGUAACAAGGAGCUGCUGGAAGACGAGGAAAUCUACCACUUUGACAAGUUUGAGGACACAUACUGUUUUGGUAUCAAGGACACGGAACUGACCGAUGCCGACAUCUACACCUGUCUGGCUCAGAACCCAGAAGGACAGGCAUCAGUGGACAUUCCUCUCAUUGUCAAUGAAAUAAAGAGAGAAGAGAGAUUAUCCGAGUCUCCUCUUGUGUUGAAGACUAAAGAAGAAACACGUGCCCCAGAAUUUAUUGAAGUCAUUGAGAACACGACUGUCAUGGAGGAAAAGACAUUGAUGCUAACAGCGAAGGUCAGAGGUCUUCCGCGACCUGAGGUUACCUGGUUACGGAAUGGCAAGGACAUCGUGGGUACCCCAAACAUCAGGAUAUCAUAUGAUGAUGAGCUGUGUACCCUCAAGGUUCUCAAGGUGAACAUGAAUCAAGGAGGAGAAUACAUCUGUCAGGCUACCAACUCUGCCGGGAAAGCAGAGUGCUCUGCCCAUGUCACAGUUGAAGGAAAAGUGGAAGCACCAGAGUUCACGAGAGAUCUCCAAGACCGUGAAUGUCGUGAAGGUCGUCCAAUCAGAUUCGACUGCUCUGUUACAGGCAUUCCUGAACCAGAAGUCAAGUGGUAUCUCAAUGAUAAACCCAUUGAGUCUGAAUUACGUUUCCAUACCGACCAGCGCCCAUCUUACACUGAUGUGAUCCACUCUCUCAGCAUUGAGCCGACAGAAGUAGAGGAUGCUGGGAAGAUAUCUGCCAUUGCAUCAAACUCUGCCGGGGAGGCCAUGACAGAAGCUCUUCUGUCUAUUGAAGAAAAGAAAGAAACACCCAAGUUCAUUAAGAAACUGGACAAUGUUGAAACCCUCGAACACGAAACGUGCCGACUGGAAUGUGUUGUCAGUGGAAAACCCAAGCCACAAGUCAUAUGGCUGAAGGGCGAUAAAGAGAUUUCCGCAUCAGAAGACAUUGUGUUUGAAGUCUCCGAUAAGACGUACAGUCUGGUGUUCAAGAAACCCAAGAUGGACGACGCGGGUCUCUACACCGCUCGCGCUCAGAACCCCGCCGGUCAGAUGGCCUGCAAUGGCCGUCUCAAAGUUACACCUGUGAAGAAACCAAGCUUCACUAAGAAACCGUCGGAUGUCCUCGUACCCAAGACUGGUACAGCCACGUUUGAAGUAAAGGCAACUGGCACACCUCAACCUGACGUCAAAUGGUUCCUUAAUGGUCAGGAGCUCCAAGAAUCAAACAAAGUUCAAAUGGAUUUCAAGGACGGCACCUACACGCUGCAGAUUAAGGAUGCGACAGCCGACUUUGCCGGUGUCAUCGAAGCAGUUGCUGUCAAUUCUGGUGGCGAGGUGCUCUGUGCCGCCAAACUGGACGUGCGUGGAAAGUCACCGGAAUUUGUCGAAACUCCUCUCAAGUGCACAGUUCUUGAAGGAAGCAUUGCGAUCUUCCGCUGCCUCAUCCAAGGUGAGCCAAAGCCGAAGGUGGAGUGGUCUAAAGGGAAGUGGAUGAAGAUCACGGACGGGGGCCGAUACAAGGUCUACGAGGACGAGAAAACUCACGAGCAGGUCCUCGAGAUCUCCGAGAUCAAGAACAAAGACUCAGGAACGUACACCGUCACGGCAACCAACGAACACGGCAGCAUGCAGGCUCCAGCCACACUGAUGGUGACUGACAAAGAGGAGGAGGUGGUCGACUGGAAGGCACAGCUUAAACACAGGGAGGUACAGCGUAAGGAGCAGGAUGAGGAUGACCAGAACUGGCGCGACAUGCUGAAACACAUCGAGUCCCCUGAAGGGUCCACGCCGUCCCCUGACAAGAAGAAGAGCCCAGAGAUGGCCGAGUUUGAGCGAACUCCAUACCAACUAUCACCGAAGAGAGAACGACCUGAGCUCGAGGAAGGUGGCAAGCCAUUUGAACGCACAAUGGAGGAACGAGAGAGACCGGAACUCGAGAUACAUGCCGAGAGGUUACGACCUGUAGCUACGGCGCCUGAAGCGGAGGAAGGCGAGAAAGGAAAAUAUGUCCGACCAAAGAAAUUCCUAGCAGAGGAAGAACUGGAAGAAAGUCACCUGGUUAUUCCAAAAGCCAAGUGGGAAUUCACCAUUCCUCUCAAGGAUAUGUGUGUCAAGGAAAGGGAGGCCGCUCUGUUUGAAUGUGAACUCUCCCUGUCCAACAUCAAGGUCGUCUGGUGUGUCAAAGGUGAAGAGGUCGAACCGAGUCCCAAAUACGCCAUCAUGGCCGACGGGAAGAAACACUCUCUUGUCGUCAGCAAGUGUCGACCGAAAGACGCCGGCGCAAUCUCGUGUUCUUAUCCUGGGAAACUGACAACAGAGGCUAAGCUCUUUGUAGAAGAAGUACCAGCUGAUUUCGUGUUGCACCUUGAAGACACGAAAGGCAAAGAGAACCAGGAUGUAACGUUCACCUGUAAAACCAACGACGACGAGAUUCCAGUUGUCUGGUUGAUUGAUGGCAAACCUCUGACACCGUCUGACAAGUACAUCGUCCAAUCAGAUGGCUUCACGCACACGCUCACGAUCAAGAACCUCUCACCAGAUGACAGCUGUGAGGUCACUGCCAUCAUCGGCGACAACAGCACCUCGGCGAAAUUAUCUGUCGAAGAAAUAUCUGCUGAAUUUGACGUUCCUCUGAAAGACGUCUCAGCCAAAGAACACAGCACUGUGGAAUUCGAAUGCACCUUUACCGUCCCCGUCAAACCAGACAAGAUCAAGUGGUACAUCGACAACAAGGAGAUUACCCAGGAUGCAAAGUACCAAUUUGUUGCAGAUGGCGUCAAACAGAAGCUCAUCAUAAAGGAUGUUGCCCCAGCCGAUGGUGGAGUUGUCACCAUCAAACUGGAUGACAAAUCAUCGUCUGCUAACUUCACGGUUCAAGAAAUCGCAGCUACGUUCACCGUUCCGGUUAAAAACAUUUCAACAUUCGAGAAAUCCACCGUCGAGUUUGUGUGUGAGCUCAACAAGGACGUUCCCAAAAUCCAGUGGUUUCUCGACGACAUGGAACUCCAACCCGACGACGGCAUCGAGAUUAUUCAAGAUGGCCGCCAACACAAGCUCAUCAUGCAUGAUGUCCUGAUUGACGAUAACGGGAGAAUCACUGCCAAGUGUGGAGAUGUGGAGACAAGUGCAAUACUCACAGUAAAGGAGAUUCCUGUUGAUUUCACAGUUCCACUCAGCGAUGUUUCAGCUUUGGAGAAAUCAACGGCAGAAUUUGUCUGCGAACUGUCCAAGGAUGUUGAGAAAGUGAAGUGGUUUAUUGACGAUGCUGAAGUGAAGGACAGCGAUAAGUACAAGGUCGUGUCAAAGGGCAAAGUUCACAAGCUGCAGAUUCUCAAUGUGAUGGUGGAAGAUGAAGGUCAAGUCUCGAUAUUGGUGGAUGACAAGAAAACUACAGCAUCUCUCUUUGUCCAAGAAUUAUCUCCAGAGUUCACAAAGCCUUUAGAAAACCAGACAGUCAAAGAACUGGGCACAGCGGAAUUCUCGUGUGAACUGAACAAGGAAGGUGCCACAGUUAAAUGGUUCCUUGACGGACGUGAAAUCUACGAAGAUAAACGCUUCCACAUCCUGAGUGAGGGACGCACACAUAAACUCAUCGUCAAAGAAGCCAUCUUGCCUGAUGGAGGGGAGAUAACUGCCAGAGUAGAGGACAAGAAAACAUCUGCAGUCCUCACUGUUGAAGAAAUCCCUGUAGAAUUCACUGCGGAGCUAUCUGAACAGUUCACAGAGGAGCACAAGAUCGCGUAUUUCAAAUGUGACGUGAACAAGGAAGACGUGACCGUCGUGUGGGAGAAAGACGCACAGAGGAUUGAACCGAGCAACAAGCACAUCAUCCAGGACGAGGGCACGUCGCACACACUCAUCAUCAAAGAUGUCGACAAGGACGAUGUGGCCGAGUACUCAGUUGUCGUCGGCGACCAGAAGAGUUCGGCACGAUUACAUCUCGAUGAGGUACCUCUCAACCUUCACCUCUCUCUGAACCGCUUUACCAUUGACUCCGAGUCCUACGCCAUUUUCACGUGCAAUGUCUCGAGACCCGACAUGCGGGUCACGUGGUAUAAAGACGAACAGCAGCUAAUGCAGAGUGAAAAGUACGAAAUUUCCGACCAAGGAUGUAGGCAUAAACUAAUAAUUCACCAGCUGUCGACUGGUGACUAUGGCGAUUAUGUGGUGGUCAUCGGACGCAAACGCCGUAUGACCGGAUUUAAUCUCAGAGAAGAAGCACCUCUAGAGUUCACGAUCCCGCUCGGAGAACAGACAUGUAAGGAAGGUGAAACUGUGAGCUUCUCCUGCGAGGUGUCUGAGGACAAUCAACCAGCAAGAUGGCUGAAGAACGGUGCAGAGCUGUUUCCAUCGGAUACGGUCAAGAUGGAGGUGGACGGGAAGGUUCACCGUCUUGUCAUAUCGGACGCUAAACCAGACGACCAGGCAGAAUACAGCAUCAUUGUCAGAGGACAGCAGAGCACUGCUCCUUUAACUGUUGAAGAACUUCCAAUAGAAAUCAUUGUGCCACUGAAAGAAACCGAAUGCAUAGAAAAUGCCACAGUGACCUUGACCUGUGAGGUCAAUAAGCCCAAUGUCACGGCCAAAUGGCUGAAGGACAAUGUGGAGAUAGCUGCCACUGAAGCUCGACAGAUUAAAGUGGAUGGCACUAUACACACGAUGACAUUCCCCAAGGUCGCCCUUGACGAUGAGGCGGAAUACACAAUUCUGAUUGGAGACAAGAAGUCGUCUGCUGUCUUGUUUGUAGAAGAAACACCACUGAAGAUAACUCUCCCACUGGCCGACGCGGAGUGCCUCGAGGGUGAGACAGUCAGCUUCGUGUGCGAGAUCAACAAGGAGAACGUCCCGGCCGCCUGGAUGAAGGAUGGGAUGGAGAUAACCGAGGAAGAUGGGUACGAGUUCAUCUGUGAUGGGACUCAGCACAUCCUCAAGAUCCCCGACGUGGCGCCGGAACAUGACGCAGAGUACACAGUCAUAUUCAGACAUCUCGAGUCUUCAGCUCGUCUCUUCGUAGAAGAGCUAGCUGCAGACUUCACGGCCGAGCUGCGCGACGUUCGCGGCAGGGAGGGAGAAGACAUCGAGCUGGAGUGCGUCCUGAGCAAGGAAGGCGUUCCGGUCCGCUGGAUGAAGAACCGCAAACCGCUCACGCCAAGCGAGCGUAUCAAGAUCGUCUGCGACCGAUACAGACACUACUUGAGAAUCAUGGAGACCAUCCCUGAGGACGAGGGAGAGUACACCGUCGUAUUGCCUAACAACAAGGAAUCAUCAGCCUGGCUUUCCAUUGAAUUGGUUCCACCGCGGUUUACGAAACCACUGAAAGACCAGCACGUGCUAGAGACGGAGGAGGCAGCGUUCGACUGCCAGAUGACGAAGAGGAACAUCCCGGUCACGUGGCUGAAGGACGGCAGGGAGCUGGUGAUUGACGAGAGAAUCGAGGUCGCCACUGAUGGCUUCAUCCAGGAGCUGAUCAUCUACGAAUCGAUUAUCGAGGACGAGGCCGAGUACAGCUGUGUCUGUGGAGAGGAGUCGACCGCGGCCAAACUCACGGUGGAAGAACUGCCUCUGGACAUUCUCAAACCUCUUAAAGAUCAGACCGUAGUUGAAGGACAAAAGGUCAUCUUCGAAUGCGAGGUAUCAAAACCAGACCAGAUUGCAAAAUGGCUGAGGGACGGGAAGGAGUUCACUCCAAGAGACGGCUGCCGUUUUGUGGUUGACGGGAUGAUACAUCGCUUCGAGAUUGACGAAGCCAUUUCUGAUGAUGAAGCUGAUUAUUCAGUGAUCAUCCGUGACAAAACCAGCAAAGCCAUGCUGUUGGUUGAAGAAAUACCAGUUGAGAUUAUUAAGCCACUUGUUGACACUGAAGUGACAGAACAUGACAGUGUGACCAUGACCUGUGAACUCUCGAAACCAGAUGUCAAGGUCAAGUGGCUGUGCGAUGGUCAGCCAAUGAAAUCCAAGAAUGGCCUCACUAUCACAGCAGAUGGGUGUGUCCACACCCUGUCACUCAAAGAAGCUGCUCUGACAGAUGCAGCGAAAAUUACUAUUGUCGCUCAAGAUAAAUCCAGUUCAGCUCGUCUUAUUGUCAAAGAAUCUCCAGUUGAGUUCCUUCGACCUCUGGCUGACAUCCAUGUCACAGAAAACCAAGAAAUCUUCCUUGAGGUUGAAGUAAACAAACCCAACAAGACAGCGCAAUGGUUCCAUGAUGGACAGGAAGUGUCUGCCAGUAAGAGAAUCAAACUGCUCACAGAUGGCGCUGUACACAAACUGGUUAUCGAUUCUGCAGAGCUGGAGGAUGAAGGCAAAUACAAGGUCAAGGUUGAUGAAGUGGAAUGUGAGGCCACAGUCCUUGUAGAUGAAUCUCCAGUUGAGUUCCUUCGACCUCUGGCUGACAUCAAGGUCACAGAAAAUCAAGAAAUCUUCCUUGAGGUUGAAGUAAACAAACCCAACAAGAAACCGCAAUGGUUCCACGAUGGACAGGAAGUGUCUGCCAGUAAGAGAAUCAAACUGCUCACAGAUGGCGCUGUACACAAACUGGUCAUCGAUUCUGCAGAGCUGGAGGAUGAAGGCAAAUACAAGGUCAAGGUUGAUGAAGUGGAAUGUGAGGCCACAGUCCUUGUAGACGAAGAGACUCUAGAAAUCCUAACUCCUCUUAAAGACGUCAGUAUCGUGGAGGGUGAGACAGUUUUAUUCAAAUGUGAAGUGUCGCGACCUGAGGUCAAAUCAAAAUGGCUGCUUGAUGGUAAACAGGUGACUAGUAAAGAUGGCUACAAAAUUGAAGUGAUCAACACUGUACACACUCUGUCUCUGGAUGAUGUGACAGUUGAUGAUGGAGGAAAAUACACAAUCAAAGUGGAAGAUAAAGAAAGUUCUGCUAACUUAUAUGUUAAAGAAUCUCCAGUUGAGUUCCUUCGACCUCUGGCUGACAUCAAGGUCACAGAAAAUCAAGAAAUCUUCCUUGAGGUUGAAGUAAACAAACCCAACAAGAAACCGCAAUGGUUCCACGAUGGACAGGAAGUGUCUGCCAGUAAGAGAAUCAAACUGCUCACAGAUGGCGCUGUACACAAACUGGUCAUCGAUUCUGCAGAGCUGGAGGAUGAAGGCAAAUACAAGGUCAAGGUUGAUGAAGUGGAAUGUGAGGCCACAGUCCUUGUAGACGAAGAGACUCUAGAAAUCCUAACUCCUCUUAAAGACGUCAGUAUCGUGGAGGGUGAGACAGUUUUAUUCAAAUGUGAAGUGUCGCGACCUGAGGUCAAAUCAAAAUGGCUGCUUGAUGGUAAACAGGUGACUAGUAAAGAUGGCUACAAAAUUGAAGUGAUCAACACUGUACACACUUUGUCUCUGGAUGAUGUGACAGUUGAUGAUGGAGGAAAAUACACAAUCAAAGUGGAAGAUAAAGAAAGUUCCGCUAACUUACAUGUUAAAGAAUCUCCAGUUGAGUUCCUUCGACCUCUGGCUGACAUCAAGGUCACAGAAAAUCAAGAAAUCUUCCUUGAGGUUGAAGUAAACAAACCCAACAAGAAAGCGCAAUGGUUCCACGAUGGACAGGAAGUGUCUGCCAGUAAGAGAAUCAAACUGCUCACAGAUGGCGCUGUACACAAACUGGUCAUCGAUUCUGCAGAGCUGGAGGAUGAAGGCAAAUACAAGGUCAAGGUUGAUGAAGUGGAAUGUGAGGCCACAGUCCUUGUAGACGAAGAGGCUCUAGAAAUCCUAACUCCUCUUAAAGACGUCAGUAUCAUGGAGGGUGAGACAGUUUUAUUCAAAUGUGAAGUGUCGCGACCUGAGGUCAAAUCAAAAUGGCUGCUUGAUGGUAAACAGGUGACUAGUAAAGAUGGCUACAAAAUUGAAGUGAUCAACACUGUACACACUUUGUCUCUGGAUGAUGUGACAGUUGAUGAUGGAGGAAAAUACACAAUCAAAGUGGAAGAUAAAGAAAGUUCCGCUAACUUACAUGUUAAAGAAGCACCAACUGAAUUCCUGCGUCCACUGGCCAAUGUGCAAGUGACUGAGAAACAGUCCAUCACACUGGAGGUUGAGGUUAACAAACCUGGUCAGAAAUCAAAGUGGUACUUUGAGGGUGAAGAGGUUUCCGCCAGUGCCAGAAUCAAACUGACAACAGAGGGCGCUGUUCACAGGCUGACAAUUAGCAGUGCUGAUCUGGAUGAUGAAGGCAAAUACAAGGUUGUCAUUGGCGACAAGGAAAGCGAAGCCUCGGUGAUUGUAGAAGAAGAACCUCUUGAAAUUGUGCGACCACUCAAGAAUAUAACCAUUGAAGAGAAGGAGACAGCGAAGUUCAAAUGUGAAGUUUCCAAGCCUGACGUUAAGGCUAAAUGGUUUAAGGAUGGUAAGCAGUUGACAGUUAAAGAUGGCUAUGAGAUCGCGGUAUCCAAAACCAUCCACACUCUUUCACUGGAUGAUGUUAUACUGGAGGAUGCUGGGAAAUACACCAUCAAAGUGGAAGAUAAAGAGUUGACUGCUAAUCUUGUUGUUGAAGAGCUGCCAUUGACAAUUACCAAACCUCUCAAAGAUGUGGAAGUCAUGGAGAAAGAGGUCAUAACCUUGACCUGUGAGGUCAGCAAGCCCAGCCUCAAGGCAAAAUGGCUGAAAAAUGGAGACACCAUAUCUGAAUCUGAGCAUCUGACAAUGACAUCAAAAGACACCGAACACUCUCUGACAAUCCCUGCAGCUGAGCUGGAUGAUGAGGCUGUGUACAAGUGCAUUGUGGGAGACAGGAAGACGUCUGCCAGGGUGUCAGUUAAAGAAGAACCAUUGGUUAUGAUUACUCCCCUUGCUGAUGUCAAAGUUGAAGAAGGGGAGACAAUCACACUGGAGUGUGUCAUCUCUAAAUCAAGACAGGUUGCCGGCUGGUACAAAAAUGGCGUUAAAAUCAAGCCAAUCGACCGCAACAAAGUCACGGUGGAGGAUAAGAAACACAUCUUGAAUAUUGUUGAUUCGGAGGUCAAGGAUGCAGCAGAGUACUCCGUCAAAUUUGGUGACGUUGAGUCCAAGGCCAACGUUGUCGUUGAAGAACUGGAUGUGGACUUUGUUCGUCAUCUUGAGGACGUGGAUGUGGUGGAGAUCCCCGGGACGGCCAUCUUUGAGGCUGAGCUGUCUCGAGCCCACGUUCUUGUUCAGUGGAGCCGGGGCAUCGAGGCGCUGGUGCCUAGCGACAAGUACGAGAUCGUCCACGACGACCGUGUGCACCAGCUCAUCAUCCACGAUGUCACAGGCGAAGACGAGGGCGAUUAUUCCAUUCAGGCAAAGAGCAAGAAGAGUGAAGCUGGACUCUUUGUUGAAGCACCACCGAAGUUCUUCCUUGACAGUAAAUAUGAGGAGACCAUCAUUCUGUACCUCGGUCAAUCGACUGCCUUUGAGAUUCCGUUCACCUGCAACCCGCAACCAGAAGUAAUCUGGUCUUUCAAUGGCGGCGACCUCCCGGACAUGAAGAGAAUGGAAGCAGAGACAAUCAACAACAUGACGACAGUUAGGAUUAGUCACGUGAUCCGUUCGGACACCGGGGACUACACCGUCACCCUGGAGAAUCCAAACGGAAAGGCUGCAAUAACCAUCAAGCUUAUUGUUUUGGACAAACCAACUCCCGUACAAAAUUUGAGAGUUACGGACAUCACGGAGAAGAUGGCCACCAUACGCUGGGAGCCACCGGAGGAUGAGGGGGGUAAACCGGUUUCUGCUUACAUCAUCGAGAAACGUGACGCCUCGCGCAGGUCCUGGAAUCCUGUUGGCGGGACAGCUGAUCUGGAGAUCACCGUUUCAGACCUGGUGGAAAACAACCAAUACGUCUUCCGUGUUUCAGCACAAAACAAGAUCGGUGUCAGUGAACCGGUCGACUCGGAAACCAUCACGGCAAAGAGUCCUUAUGAUUCACCCCAGGCACCAGCAGCACCAACCGUUUCUGAUGUCCUGAAAGAUUCUGCCAUGGUUACCUGGCAACCACCUGCCAACGAUGGAGGCUCCCCUGUGAUUGGUUACCACGUGGAACGACUGUCUGGAUUCAGUCCGCGCUGGUUACAAGUGAACAAAGACAUCGUCCCGCAAACCUCGCUGCAUGCGAAGGAGCUGGUGGAGGACAACACAUACCAGUUCAGAGUGAUCGCAGUCAACAAAGUGGGACCGAGUCCACCAAGCGAACCAUCGCCACAGAUCAAAGCCAAAGAUCCUUGGGAUGUCCCUGGUGCUCCAGGCACUCCAGAAAUCACCGGCACAGACAAGAAAUCUGUCGCCCUCAAAUGGACUCCACCUCAGUCUGAUGGCGGUGCUCCUAUCGUGAACUACGUGGUUCAGUAUCGCGGCGCUGGCUCCUACAACUGGCUGCGGGCCAAUGAAACCACCACCGUCCCCGACACCACGUUCAGCGUGACAAACCUCCGAGAGAACGCAGAGUAUGAGUUCCGCGUCAGUGCGGAAAACAAGGCAGGAGUGGGGCCCGCAUCACCACCAACGACCCCAGUUAAAGUUAUUGAACCAAUAGUUGGUGAACCACCACUGAUUUUGGAGCCCCUGCACGAUGAAACAGUCGUCAUGCCAAAAGACGCCAUCUUGGAAUGUGACGUCGAUUGUGGAGAACCAGAGGCUGAUAUCAAAUGGUUCAAGGGCACAAAAGAAAUUCGUAAGAGUGCUAAAUAUGAGAUGAGCUAUGAAGAUGAAGUUGCCUCCCUUGUUAUCCACAAGACUGAACCAGGCGACACAGGAAAUUACCGACUAGAGGCAACCAACCCACUCGGAAAAGUGAAAACAGAAGGAGGCCUUGUUGUCCAUUGCCAUCCUGCUCUUGAGUACGACAACCGGCUGAAGAGUGCGCAGACCGUGAAGGCCGGCUCCACCCUGGUACUGCAGGUGAACGUCAGCGGGAUCCCGUCUCCGAACGUCACAUGGCUCAUUGAUGACGAGCCGCUGGAGAAGAUGGAGCGGAUUAGCAUCGAGACAAACGAGGAGUUCAGCAAGGUGACCAUCAAGAAUGCCGUGCUCGAUGACACUGGCCUCUACACUAUCGUCGCAGAGAACGUCGUUGGAAGAGCCGAGGCAGACUUCGAAAUCUUCGUUAAAGACAAACCAUCCAAGCCAGUAAAACUCUCUGUCAUCGAAAUCAUGAAAGACUCUGUUGUGUUAUCAUGGCAACCUCCCGUCAGUCUCGGUGGCUGUGAUGUCACGAGUUACGUGAUUGAGAAACGUGACGCAAAGCGCAACACAUGGAUGCCCGUAGAUAAGACCGAUGGUGCCACGUUAACGUACGCUGUUCAGAAACUGCAGGAGGGUAAUGAGUAUUUCUUCAGAGUUUCUGCCGAGAACGAGAUUGGAACCGGGGAACCAGCAGAGCUUGUUGAAGGAACUGUGGCCAAGUCACCAUUUGAUGUUCCCAAACCACCAAUCAAACUUCAGCCGAGUGAGAUCACACGUUCGUCUGUGACUUUGAUGUGGGCACCGCCACAGAACGAUGGCGGCUCUCCCAUCACGGGCUACAUGGUUGAACGCAAGAGUCCGAUGACAUCUCGCUGGGUGCGCAUCAACAAGUCGCCGGUCCGCGACACUGUCUUCACGGUCAGCGAUCUCAUCGAGGACAUGGAGUAUGAGUUCCGAGUGCUCGCGGAAAACGCCGCCGGAAUUAGUAAACCUUCUGAUGAGAUUGGACCAAUCAAAGCCAAGGAUCCUUUUGACAAACCUGAUGCUCCUAGCCGACCUGAAAUUAUCGAUGUCACAAGGGACAGCGUCACACUAAAAUGGCUGCCUCCUGACAACAAUGGCGGAAGUCCAAUCAUCAACUAUGCUGUUGAGAUGAGAGUCUCUGGUGCAGUGCGGUGGCUUGGCGCCAGCACAAACAUGAAAAUCUCAGACACAAGCUUUGUGGUGCACGAGCUUGUCGAGGGAACAGAAUAUGAAUUCCGAGUCAUGGCUGAAAAUAAAGCCGGCCUGAGUCCGCCUUCACCACCAUCUUUACCUGUCGUUGCCAGGGAUCCAAUCAUUGGAGAAGCUCCAGCAGUUCUUGAAGGUCUGCCUGACCUGGCUGUCAUGGAAGGCGAGACAGCCAUCUUGGAAUGUAAAAUCAGCGGAGAGCCCGAACCUUCCAUCAUAUGGAGUAAAGAUGGCCGUGACGUUGUUGAGGGGAAGAGACACGAGAUGUUCUAUGAAGAUCUGUUCGCAUCGCUGACGAUCCGUGAAGUCAUGGAGAAGGACGCAGGACAUUACAAGUGCGAGGCCAGCAAUGACCUUGGCACUGUCACAACAUCGGGACAGGUGGAGAUUCAAGCACCUCCUAUUCUUGAAUUUGACAACAAGUUCCGUGACUUAAUAACCCUUCAAGCUGGGUCAACUCUGAAAAUCCCGGUCAAGGUUCUGGGAAUCCCUACACCAAAUGUGACCUGGAAUAAAGAUGACAAACCAAUGAGGUCUGCCGGGAAAGUAAACAUUGACAUACAGGAAACAGGCACAACACUGACCUUGAAGAAGGUCACCAAGGAUGAUGAUGGUCUGUACACUCUUAUGGCAGAGAAUACUGUUGGAGAACAGAAGGCAAAGUUCGACAUAGAAAUUAUUGAUGUACCGGGGAAGCCACAAGGUCCAAUUGAAGUCAGCGACAUCAUGCGUGAUUCCGUCACGCUUCACUGGAAACCUCCGAAAGAUGACGGAGGCUCGGACAUCUUGACAUACAUCAUCGAGCGCCGUGACGCCAAGCGAACAACAUGGCUGAAGGUGGGCACCGUGGAUGGUGAUAUUCUGCAGUACAAUGCCACCAGUCUUAAUGAAGGCACCAACUAUUACUUCAGAAUUUCAGCAGAAAAUGAUGUUGGGGUAUCGGAGCCACUGGAUACCGAUUCGGCAGUAAUUCCAAAAUCUCCCUAUGAUAAGCCCACUGCACCAGUUGGACCACUGGUCCAUUCAGACCUGACCGACGAGAGCGUCACAGUAACUUGGCAACCACCUAAAUCUGAUGGUGGCUCACCUCUCACAGAAUACAUCAUUGAGAAACGUGACACCAGGAAGUCCUCGUGGUCAAAGGUCGGUUCCGUUAAGUCCGAUACGCUCACGUAUAACAUUGGCAAGCUGAUCGAGGACACGCCCUAUUUGUUCAGAGUGAUCGCGGUCAAUGAGGAAGGAGCAAGUGAACCUCUUCAAUCAGAGGAUGAAGUCAUACCAAGGAGAGCUCCAGAGGCACCAGGCAAACCAGGACCAAUCAGUUUCUCCAAUAUAAAAGCAGACACCGUGACCCUCUCCUGGACGGCACCAAAGAAAGACGGCGGCGCCAAAGUGAAGUCCUACAACAUAGAGAUCUCUGAUGAUGGAAAGACAUGGAAAAAGCUGGACACUGUGGAUGUUCCAGAAACGUCUUACGUUGCCAAAAAGCUGAAGGAUGGAACUGAAUACAGGUUCCGGGUGACUGCUGUGAACAAUGUUGGACCCGGAGUUCCACUGGAAUCUGAUGGAGUCACACCAAAAAGGAAAAUUGUUCCACCAUCCAGCCCGGUCGGUCCUCUCAACGUCACAGACAUACAGAAAGACUCUGCUCACCUGACCUGGAAACCUCCGACAGAUGACGGAGGAUCUCCAGUUACUGGCUACACCAUCGAGAAACGUGACGCCAAGAAGGCAACGUGGACCAAAGCUGGCAAAGUCCCGGCAGACACGACCGAGUUCGCUCCUGAAGGCUUGUUUGAAAACACGUCAUACUUCUUCCGUGUCAUUGCAGAGAACAAGGCUGGUGCCAGUGAACCACUGGAGACUGAUACAGCUGUUUUAAUCAAGAGUCCUUUUGACAAGCCAUCCAAACCAGUUGGCCCAUUGGUUAUUGACAAUGUCACUGACCAAUCAGCAGACCUGACAUGGAAGCCUCCGGAGAAUGAUGGUGGUAAGCCAAUCAAAAGCUACUUCAUUGAGUUGCGACCUUCGACCCGCUCCACUUGGACUAAGGCUGGCAGUGUUGAUGGGGAGACCCUGAAAUACACCGUGGAGGACCUUAAAGAUGGUGUGGAGUAUUACUUCCGUGUCUCUGCCAAGAACGAGGAGGGACAGAGCGAACCACUGGAGUCGAAGGAGACCGCCAAGCCUGUGAAAAAGAUCUUGCCCCCAGGUCCACCGAAACAACUGAAGAGCUCUAAAGUAGGAAAAGACUACAUUGUUAUCGACUGGAAACCACCAACUGAAGAUGGAGGGUCAAAGUCACAGGUUACAAGAUUGAGAAGUGUGAGGAGACUGCUGAUGAGUGGGUCAAGGUUGAAGAGGUCAAGGCCUAUGACACGACCUUCAAGGUGGAGAAGACCUCCAUCAACACCUAAAGGUCCCAUCAAAGCAUCUGACAUAGAGAGGACGUCAGUGAUGCUGGAAUGGCAGCCCCCUGCUGAUGACGGGGGAUCUCCUUUGACAGGUUACGUUCUCGAGAGACGCGAAGCUUCCCGGACGAUGUGGACCAAGGUUGACAAAGUCAGCCCGUCAAAGACUUCGUACAAAGUCGAGAACUUGAUCGAGGGCACAGAGUACUACUUCCGUGUGUCGUCUGAAAACAAGCAUGGCAGCAGUGAACCCCUGGAGAUGGAGAAGGGGGUCACGCCUCGAAGUCCUUUCAACAAACCAACUAAGCCUGUUGGACCUUUGGUUAUUGACAACGUAACUGACCAAUCAGCCGACCUGACAUGGAAACCAUCAGAAGAUGAUGGAGGCCAGCCAAUCACAAACUACAAUAUAGAGAUGCGACCUUCAACAAGGUCAACAUGGACCAAGGCUGGAAAAGUUGAUGGUUCAACGACCAAGUUCACAGUUCCUGAUCUCAAAGAUGGAACAGAGUAUUAUUUCCGUGUUACGGCUGUCAACAGUGAGGGUGAAAGUCCCGCCCUGGAAUCAGUGGACACGGCCAAACCUAUGAAGAAAAUAUUGCCCCCUGGACCACCCAAACAACUGAAGGUGUCAAAGGUCGGAAAAGAUUUUGUUAUCAUCGACUGGAAACCACCAACUGAAGAUGGAGGGUCAAAAGUCACAGGUUACAAGAUUGAGAAGUGUGAGGAGACUGCUGAUGACUGGGUCAAGGUUGAAGAGGUCAAGGCCUAUGACACGACCUUCAAGGUUGAGAAGUUGAAGGACACAGUUGGGUAUUUCUUCUCGGUGUGUGCUAAGAACGAGGUUGGAUACAGUGAACCUGAAGAGACGGACAAGGCAGUGAAACCUCAGAGACCUGCAGGACCACCCAGUACCCCAAAAGGACCAAUCAAAGUCACGGAUGUUGACAGGACAUCAGUCUCCCUCGAAUGGCAGCCUCCGACAGACGAUGGUGGCUCACCAAUCACAGGCUACGUUCUAGAGAGGCGUGAAGCCAAGAGAACCAUGUGGUCGAGGGUUGACAAGACCACAUCAACAUCGUACAAGGUGGACAAUCUCAUAGAAGACACAGAAUAUUACUUCCGAGUCUCUGCUGAAAAUAAGAUGGGCACCAGUGAACCCCUGGAGAUGGAGAAAGGAGUUACUCCAGAGAGUCCAUUUGACAAACCAACUAAGCCUGUUGGACCUUUGGUGAUUGACAACGUAACUGACCAAUCAGCCGACCUGACAUGGAAACCAUCAGAAGAUGAUGGAGGCCAGCCAAUCACAAACUAUAAUAUAGAGAUGCGACCUUCAACAAGGUCAACAUGGACCAAGGCUGGAAAAGUUGAUGGUUCAACAACCAAGUUCACAGUUCCAGAUCUCAAAGAUGGAACAGAGUAUUAUUUCCGUGUUACGGCGGUCAACAGUGAGGGUGAAAGUCCUGCCCUGGAAUCGGUGGAUACUGCCAAACCUAUGAAGAAAAUAUUGCCCCCUGGACCACCCAAACAACUGAAAGUGUCAAAGGUCGGAAAAGAUUUUGUUAUCAUUGACUGGAAACCACCAGCUGAAGAUGGAGGGUCAAAGGUAACAGGUUACAAGAUUGAGAAGUGUGAGGAGGCUGCUGAUGAGUGGGUCAAGGUUGAAGAGGUCAAGGCCUAUGACACGACCUUCAAGGUUGAGAAGUUGAAGGACACAGUUGGGUAUUUCUUCUCGGUGUGUGCUAAGAACGAGGUUGGAUAUGGUGAACCUGAAGAGACGGACAAGGCAGUGAAACCUCAGAGACCUGCAGGACCACCCACUAGCCCGAAAGGACCAAUCAAAGUCACGGAUGUUGACAGGACAUCAGUCUCCCUCGAAUGGCAGCCUCCGACAGACGAUGGUGGCUCACCAAUCACAGGCUACGUUCUAGAGAGGCGUGAAGCCAAGAGAACCAUGUGGUCGAGGGUUGACAAGACCACAUCAACAUCGUACAAGGUGGACAAUCUCAUCGAAGACACAGAAUAUUACUUCAGAGUCUCUGCUGAAAAUAAGAUGGGCACCAGUGAACCCCUGGAGAUGGAGAAAGGAGUUACUCCAGAGAGUCCAUUUGACAAACCAACUAAGCCUGUUGGACCGUUGGUGAUUGACAAUGUAACUGACCAAUCAGCCGACCUGACAUGGAAACCAUCAGAAGAUGAUGGAGGCCAGCCAAUCACAAACUACAAUAUAGAGAUGCGACCUUCAACAAGGUCAACGUGGACCAAGGCUGGAAAAGUGGAUGGUUCAACGACCAAGUUCACAGUUCCUGAUCUUAAAGAUGGAACAGAGUAUUAUUUCCGUGUUACGGCGGUCAACAGUGAGGGUGAAAGUCCUGCUCUGGAAUCAGUGGAUACUGCCAAACCUAUGAAGAAAAUAUUGCCCCCUGGACCACCCAAACAACUGAAGGUGUCAAAGGUCGGAAAAGAUUUUGUUAUCAUCGACUGGAAACCACCAACUGAAGAUGGAGGGUCAAAGGUGACAGGUUACAAGAUUGAGAAGUGUGAGGAGACUGCUGAUGAGUGGGUCAAGGUUGAAGAGGUCAAGGCCUAUGACACGACCUUCAAGGUUGAGAAGUUGAAGGACACAGUUGGGUAUUUCUUCUCGGUGUAUGCUAAGAACGAGGUUGGAUACGGUGAACCUGAAGAGACGGACAAGGCAGUGAAACCUCAGAGACCUGCAGGACCACCCAGUACCCCGAAAGGACCAAUCAAAAUCACGGAUGUUGACAGGACAUCGGUCUCCCUCGAAUGGCAGCCUCCGACAGACGAUGGUGGCUCACCAAUCACAGGCUACGUUCUAGAGAGGCGUGAAGCCAAGAGAACCAUGUGGUCGAGGGUUGACAAGACCACAUCAACAUCGUACAAGGUGGACAAUCUCAUCGAAGACACAGAAUAUUACUUCCGAGUCUCUGCUGAAAAUAAGAUGGGCACCAGUGAACCCCUGGAGAUGGAGAAAGGAGUUACUCCAGAGAGUCCAUUUGACAAACCAACUAAGCCUGUUGGACCUUUGGUUAUUGACAACGUAACUGACCAAUCAGCUGACCUGACAUGGAAACCAUCAGAAGAUGAUGGAGGCCAGCCAAUCACAAACUACAACAUAGAGAUGCGACCUUCAACAAGGUCAACGUGGACCAAGGCUGGAAAAGUUGAUGGUUCGACAACCAAGUUCACAGUUCCCGAUCUCAAAGAUGGAACAGAGUAUUAUUUCCGUGUUACGGCUGUCAACGGUGAAGGUGAAAGUCCUGCUCUGGAAUCAGUGGAUACUGCUAAGCCAAAGAAAAAGAUCUUGCCUCCCGAUGCUCCAAAACAACUGAAGACCACAAAGAUUGGAAAAGAUUACAUCACACUGGAAUGGAAACCACCAACUGAAGAUGGAGGGUCAAAAAUCACAGGAUACAAAAUUGAGAAGUGUGAGGAAAAAGCCAAUGACUGGGUCAAGGUUGAAGAGCUCAAGGCCUUCGACACAACCUACAAAGUUGAAAAGUUGAAGGACACUGUGGGUUACUUCUUCUCAGUCACAGCAAAGAAUGAAGCUGGUUAUGGUGAACCAUGCGAAACCGACAAGGCCGUGAAACCAAAGAAACCAGAAGAAAAACCAGGAAAACCUGUUGGACCUUUGAAAGUGUCUGACCUAGAGCGUAGCUCUCUGACCUUGGAGUGGCAGGCCCCAAGUGAUGACGGUGGAUCUGCCCUUACUGGCUACAUCGUUGAGAAGCGGGAGGCAAAGCGACCGACCUGGACCAAAGUCCAGAAACUGAGUCCGUCCAAGACCACCUGUGCCGUGGCUAAUUUACUCGAGGGUACAGAGUACGUGUUCCGCGUGAUCGCCGAGAACAAGAUUGGAACCAGCGAACCCCUGGAGACAGACAAAGGAGUCACGCCAAAAAGUCUUUACAAUCCACCAAGCCAACCAGUUGGACCACUCGAAUUUUCCGACAUUACGCACGAUUCUGUAUCAUUGUCAUGGCAACCACCAGAAGAUGAUGGUGGGUGUCCCAUCACGGGAUAUGUUGUUGAGUACCACGAUGCUCGGCGGACUACGUGGAUGAAGGCCGCAUCGUUGGGAGCUGAUGUGACGCUGUACAGAGCGAGCGAUCUGGUCGAGGGAAAUGAAUAUUACUUUAGAGUGUCAGCCAUUAAUGCUGAGGGUUCGAGCAAGCCUCUGGAGUCCAAGGACACCGUAACACCACAGAGGAUUCUGGCCCCACCAGACUCCCCAAAGAGCAUCACAGCACGAGAGAUCGGAAAAGAUUUUGUCACGCUCGAGUGGCUUCCACCUAAAGAUGACGGUGGUUCAAAGAUCACGGCAUACCACAUCAAGACCCGUGAAGAGAAGUCUAAAGACUGGAGUGUGUCUGGAAGUGUCAGCGCCAUCGACACAAAGUUCACGGUGAAAAGCCUGAAGGAAGAGAAGAGCUAUUUCUUCUCCGUAGCCGCUGAGAACAAAAUGGGUGUCGGAGAACCUCUGAAAACAGAGCAGCCCAUCUCUCCCAAGAAACCAAUAGCCAAACCUUCUGCACCGGAGGGACCUCUCAAAAUCUCAGAAAUCCAGAAGACAUCUGUCACAUUGUCAUGGAAACCACCCAAAGAAGAUGGCGGGUCUGCGAUCACCAUGUACGUCCUGGAACGCCGUGACCAGUUCAAGAUGUCGUGGACGCCCGUUACCACGGUGAAGCCUGGAAUCACAUCGUACUGUGUCCAGAACCUGAAGGAGGGACAGGAGUAUGUGUUCAGGGUGAUGGCAGAGAACCUCGUCGGAAGAUCGGAGCCUCUGGAGUCGGAACCAGUGAAACCAAAGAAUCCUUACACUGUUCCCAGUGCCCCAGAGGGACCUCUGGAACCGACCGACAUCACUGCUACGACCGUCACUCUGGACUGGAAACCUCCGAAAUCCGAUGGCGGGUUGCCGCUGACUGCAUACAUUCUGGAGCGGCGUGACGUCAAGCGAAUGACGUGGAUCAAAGUGGACAAGGUGAAGCCAGACAUCACCAGCUACUGCGUGCAGGAUCUCGUCACAGGCAACGACUACUUCUUCCGCGUGGUCGCCGAGAACGACGAGGGCAUGAGUCCACCACUAGAGACAGUCAAAGCCAUUCGACCAAGAAGACCUCCAGAACUUCCAUCACCACCCAAAGGACCUCUGCGAACAUCAGACGUGACUGCGACAACCGUAAUGCUGACGUGGCUACCACCUGACGAUGACGGCGGAUCCCCUAUCACCGACUAUGUCAUCGAGGUCAGCCCUGACGACAAAGAGUGGAGCAAACUGAGCUCCGUUGCCGGGUCCGUCACUAAGUACAUCGCCAAGAACCUGAAGGAGAAGAAAGAGAUCAGCUUCAGAGUGUUCGCCAUUAACGAAGUCGGAACCAGCAAACCACUCGAGUCUGAACCGGUCACACCAAGAAGACCUCCAGAGUUACCAGGAAAGCCUGUCGGACCUCUGGAAGGUAAAGACAUUGACAGGACGACCAUCACGAUCCACUGGAAGCCUCCUAAAGAUGACGGUGGAGCCCCCCUGACUGCCUACAUCAUUGAGAAGCGUGAUGCCAAGCGUAUGGGCUGGACGAGAGUGGACAAGGUCAAACCCGACAUCACGUCGUACCAGGUUCAAAACCUCACAGAGAACAGCGAGUAUUUCUUCAGAGUGUCCGCUCAGAACGAGGUCGGGGUUGGCAAACCGCUCGAGUCGGAUCGGCCUUUCACGCCAAAGAGUCCAUACGAUGUUCCUACAGCCCCAAGAGGGCCUCUGGACAUCAGUGAUGUCACAGAAGAGUCAUGUGACCUGGCCUGGAAACCACCUGAUGACGAUGGCGGCACCCCUCUGACAGCCUACAUCAUAGAGAUGCGGGAAGUCCGCCGUAGUACCUGGACUCGUAUUGGAGAGGUCAAACCAUCCGUGACCCAUUACCAGGCAACGCGACUCAGUGUCGGAAAUGAAUAUUUCUUCAGAAUCGUGGCUGUGAAUGCCGAAGGCGAAAGUCCUCCUCUCAAUUCAGUCAACUCGGCAGUACCAAAGAAGGAACUUACUGUACCAGGACCACCAGCCUCCAUUCACGUUACAAAGGUUCUGAAGGACAAAGUGACCAUUGAGUGGACAGAACCGAAGCACGACGGUGGGUCAAAGAUCACAAAAUACUACGUCUAUGUGGCAGAGAAAUCGCCACAGAACUGGAAAGAGGUGGGUAAAACAAAGACCUUUGACCUCUACCACACCAUAGAGAGCCUCGAUGAAGGAAAGUCAUACUACUUCGCUGUGGCUGCUGAGAAUGAAGUUGGUGUUGGAAAAAUGGUGGAGACAGAAUCACCAGUGACGCCAAAGAAACCACUUGAGCGCCCAUCAGCUCCAGUUCCUCCUCUGGAGGUUACUGAAAUCCAACGAGACAGCGUCACCUUGACCUGGAAGGCAAGCAAAUACGAUGGCGGAUCACCCAUUCUCGGCUACUUUAUUCAGAAACGCGAGUCGUGGAAAACGAGCUGGACCGAAGUGGAAACCGUCAAACCAAACAUCUUCACGUUCUGCGUACAGAAUCUCAAAGAAGGCCAGGAAUACUUCUUCCGGGUGUACGCAGAAAAUAUUGUCGGAGCGUCGGAAGGUAUCGAAACCGAGAUGGGAGUAAUACCUCGAACGCCAUUCCGCGUGCCAUCUGCUCCCGAGGGUCCUCUCGAAAUCACGGAAAUAACCUCAACCUCCAUCUCAAUUCGAUGGAAGAUUCCCAAAGAUACGGGUGGCCUUGACCUUAUGGCCUAUCACAUCGAACGGCGUGACCGUAAAUACACCGCCUGGAUCAAGGUGGACAAAGUGAAGCCAUCGAUUACAUCCUAUUGUAUACAGGAUCUGUUAGACGGAAAUGAAUAUUUCUUCAGAGUGUUCGCAGAAAACCCAGAAGGCCUUGGGGCAGCCUUGGAGAGUGUGGAACCAGCGACACCGCGAAAAGAUCUAGAGAAGCCUUCUGCUCCAGUGGGACCUGUUCGUUUCCACAAUGUGAAUGCCGAUUCUCUCACACUCGACUGGCUACCACCAAAGAAUGAUGGUGGGACGAACAUAACAGCUUAUCUCAUAGAGAUGACGGAGAAAGGUGGAAAGUGGAAGGAGCUCGCCACAAACGAAGGUCACGUCACCAAACUCAAGGUCAAGGAACUGAAGGCCGGAAAGGAAUACAUCUUCAGAAUCUUUGCUCAAAACAAAGUUGGGUCGAGCGAUGUCUUGGAGUCAGAACCCGUAACUCCUUGCAGACCUCCUGAGCCACCUUCCAAACCUGUUGGACCAAUCAAAGUGCUCGAUGUUCAGCGCACCUCUGUCAAGAUCCAAUGGCAGCCUCCGAAAGAUGAUGGAGGCAUUCCUUUGAAAUACUACCUUCUAGAAAAACGUGAGUCAAGCCGACUCAAGUGGACUCGACUGGACAAGAUUGACGCGUCGAUGACAAGUUACUGUGCUCAGAACCUGACAACAGGCAUGGAGUAUUUCUUCCGAGUGUUUGCGGAGAACAAGGUUGGACAGAGUCCACCGCUUGAAAUGGAUAAACCAGUGCUCAUCAGGAGUCCAUUUGAUGUGCCAUCUGCUCCAGUUGGUCCUCUCCGAGUUUCUGAUGUGACAGAAAAGACUGCUGACAUAGCAUGGAAAAUACCUGAGGAUGAUGGAGGAACUCCCAUCACUGGGUACAUCAUUUUGAUCAGAGAAACCAGACGGUCAACAUGGAGUACAGCUGGAGAGGUCAAGGACGACCAACGGUCCUUCACCUUGACAGGACUUGUGGCAGGAAGUGACUACUAUGUCCAGAUCAUUGCAGUAAAUGCUGAAGGACAGAGCGAACCCCUACAAGGAAAAGAACCAAUUAGACCACAGAAAAUAUUACAUGCUCCUGACGCUCCAGAAUCGCUCCACGUCAGGAAUAUUGGUAAAGAUAAUGUCACUCUUGAAUGGGCUCCACCGCUGGAGGAUGGUGGCUCGAAGAUCCGUCAGUACCACAUUGAGAAGACCGUCAAGGGUUCGAACGAGUGGGAGAGAAUUUCCACAGCGGAGAGCUACAAGACACACCAUGUUGUGUCUGGACUUGUCCCAGAGAAGGAAUACAUCUUCGCUGUCACGGCAGAGAACGAUGUCGGAAAGAGCGAGAAACGCGAGACAGCGAAACCGAUCAAACUGGAUAAACCAAUAAACCCACCAUCCCCACCAGUCGGACCAAUGAUAGCAUCCGACAUUCAGCGCAAUGGCUUCAAGAUGUCGUGGAAACCGAGCGAGAACGACGGCGGAUCCCCUAUCACGUGUUACCAUGUGGAGAAGCGUGAGGCGUGGAAGUCGACAUGGACCACGGUUGAACGAGUCUCAUCUAACAAGCAGACGUGCCAGCUACAGUACCUGCAGGAGGGGCAGGAGUACCACGUGAGAGUGAUGGCGGAAAACGUGGCCGGGCAGUCGAAGCCGCUAGAAACAGUGGAUCCAGUUGUUCCAAAGAGUCCUUACUCUGUCCCAUCACCUCCCGAGUCGAUUUCAGCAACAGAUGUGGGAGAAACCAGCGUCUCACUAAAAUGGCGUCCCCCGAAGGACACGGGCGGUCUGUCUCUGACUGCCUACGUCGUGGAGAGACGAGACAAGCGCUGGGGGUCGUGGAUCAAGGUGGAGUCUGUGUCGAAGUCUGUGCUGGAGACGGACGUGAGAAACCUGAAGGAAGGAAGCUCGUACUUCUUCCGUGUCUUCGCUCAGAACGACGAGGGACUCAGUGAGCCAUGUGAGAUGAAGGAGCCUGUCACACCAUGUCGCGAGCCAGUUGUACCAGACCGGCCAACAGGACCUAUCCGUUUCAAGGACGUAACAGGCGACAGUUUGACCAUGGAGUGGCUUCCUCCUAAAGACGACGGUGGUGCCCCCAUUACUGACUACAAAGUGGAAAUGACCUUGAACCAAGAUUUGUGGACGGAGGUCACAGUCACUGAUAACACCAAGGCAAAGGUCAAGAACCUCACAGCCAAUAAGAAGUACUAUUUCCGCAUAUCGGCCAUUAACAAAGUCGGUGUUGGAAAACCACUGGAAUCAGAUGGUGUCGUACCGAAGAGGAAGCAAGGACCUCCAAAUAAGCCUGUUGGUCCACUAGCAGCCAUUGAAGUGCACCGCGAUUCAGCAACACUGGAGUGGAAACCCCCGAAAGAUGAUGGCGGUGCCCCAAUCACUGGGUACAUCAUUGAGAAACACGAGGGCUCGCGACUGCUGUGGUCUCGACAUGCCAAGACAACAGAUGACUCGACGACACUGAUCACCCAGGAUCUCACCACAGGGACGGAGUACUUCUUCAGGGUGGCAGCCUACAACGCUGUCGGCACCAGCGAAUACCUCGAGAUGUCUCGACCAGUUCUCAUUAAGAGUCCAUAUGAUGUCCCAUCUGCUCCAAAGGGACCGCUGAUUAUUUCCAACAUCACCGAGGACUCCUGCGACCUGGAAUGGCAGGCAUCUGAGCAUGAUGGCGGAACUCCCAUCCUCAGCUACGUGGUUGAGAUUCGUGAGAUGAGACGCAGCCUGUGGGGGCGUGCUGGAACCACCGAUGCCAACACAUUCAGAUACACAGCUCACAAGCUGGUCGUCGAUUACGAAUACAUGUUCCGGAUCCGAGCUGUCAAUCUCGAGGGAGAGAGCCCGUCUCUGGAUGGAGACGAGAGUGUCAUUCCAAGGACAAAACAAGAAGCACCUAAAGCUCCUGCAUUCUUACGGACUGGUAAAAUCACAGAAGAUGGAAUCACUGUAGAAUGGAAGGCGCCAACAAAUGAUGGUGGCUCAAGGAUCAGACGCUACUACCUUCAGAUGAAGGAGGACAAACCUGGCAGUUCAUGGGUUGACCUUGGCUCCAUGGAGCCCUUCAAGACCAGCUUUACAGUCCGAGAUCUUGACCCGAAUAAGAAAUACUUCUUUGCUGUAUCGGCGGAGAACGAUAUUGGUGUUAGUGAACAGUGUGCAACAGAAAAAUCUGUAUCACCAAGAAAGGUUAUAAAGCCUCCAUCCCCACCAGAAGCUCCUCUAACAGUGUCCGAUAUCAAACGGACUUCUGUCGUCGUUACGUGGAAACCUAGCAAGGAUGAUGGCGGGUCACCCGUGACUCACUACAUCAUAGAGAAGCGUGAGUCGUAUAGACUCGACUGGUCUCAUGUGGACCGCGUCAAGUCAACAGAGUUGUCUAUCACUGUGCCGUACCUGACGGAAAAUUCUGCAUACUACAUCCGUGUGAUGGCUGAAAACGUGGCUGGUAUCUCAGAACCACUGCAGCUUAAACAGUCGGUGACACCGAAAAGUCCAUUCGGUGUCCCCUCAGCACCAACUGGUCCUCUAGAAGUGAUGGAUGUUGACGAAUCGUCUGCCACGAUUCGCUGGAAACCCCCAGAGAGCGACGGUGGACUUCCUGUCAAGAAAUACAUCAUAGAAAGACGUGACGCUAAACGUCAGGCCUGGAUUUGUGUCGACUCGGUCCGACCUUCAACUCUGACCUACACCAUCGAGAGGCUGAUCGAGGGUAACGACUACUUCUUCCGCGUGUCUGCCGAAAACGACGAGGGUGUUAGCGACGCGCUGGAGAAUCCGCUUGUCGCCAGCAUCAGAAGACCACCAGUUCCACCAGGACCUCCUGCCGGUAAACUUCGAACAACCAAAGUCCUCGCAGAUUCUGUCACUUUGGACUGGCUGCCUCCCAAGGAUAAUGGUGGAUCGUCCAUCACUGGCUACACGGUUGAGAUGAAACCGACGAGGGCCAAGGACUGGAUGGUUGCAGCUGAGGUUGACCAGACAACCGUCCAGCACAUGGUGAGAAACCUGAAGGAAGGAGAGGAAUACGAGUUCCGGGUUUACGCCAAGAACGCGGUCGGGAAGGGGAAGUCCAUCAUGACAGAUUUACCUGUGAAAGUGUGCAGACCAUUAGAGGUACCUGGAGCACCGAAAGGCCCUCUGAAGAUCGAGAUCAUGGGUCACGACUCCGCCCAGUUGUCAUGGCAACCACCCGAAGACAACGGAGGAUCGCACAUCCUCGGCUACAUCAUUGACAAGCGCGACACGCAGCGCGGUGGGUGGAUCAGAGCGGCCCGUGUCGCAGCGGCGAUGACGAAGUACCAGCUGCUGAAUCUUAUUGAAGACCACGACUACCAGUUCAGAGUUUACGCCGAGAACAAGAUCGGGGUUGGUGUGCCACUCGAGUCAAAGGGCAGCAUCAAAGCUAUAAGUCCUUAUGAUGUUCCAUCACAACCACAGAAACUCAAAUCUGUGGACCUGACAGAAGAUUCAGUUACACUGGAGUGGUCUCCCCCGGAAUCAACAGGUGGUCUUGACCUGCUGGGCUACGCGGUUGAGCGGAGAGAGUCUGGCAAGGUUCAGUGGGUCCGUGCUGGUCACACCGGCCCGGAGGUCACGACCUUCACAGCCAGGAAUCUCUUGGAAGGUCGUAUGUAUCUGUUCCGGGUGUUUGCUGAAAACAACGAGGGCCUGAGCGAACCAGUCAUGCUGCAGAAACCAAUCAUGCCAGAGAGAGAAAUUGCACCACCAGGAACUCCGGAAGAUCUGCAAUACCUGAACCUAGACCAGAAGUCGGUAACCCUUCAGUGGAGGAAACCCAAAAAUGACGGUGGAGCUCCCAUCACUGCUUACAUCUUAGAAAAGCGUGAAGGAAAGAGCGGGUCGUGGCGGAAGAUCGACGACACGGAUUCCGCCACUCACUUCUGUGUGAUUGAAGACCUGCUGGAAGGCUUUGAAUACUACUUCCGCGUGUGUGCCAAAAACACCGGAGGUCUUGGGGAACCGGCUGAACUUAAAACUCCAAUCGUACCAACAAAACAGAAAGGAAAACCAUCAAAGCCAGAAGCACCUCUUCUGAUUAGCGACCUAACAGAAGAUCACGUGACACUGUCAUGGCUUCCUCCAAUCAGUGAUGGCGGCUCACGCAUCUCGGGAUACAUCGUCGAGAAGUCCGACAUCAGGCGACCAAAAUGGGUCCGCGUUGCCAAGGUUUCACCCGACACCUUGUCGAUGACUGUUGAAAACCUCGUAGAAAAAGCGGGAUACUUCUUCCGUGUCAUUGCAGAAAAUGCUGUGGGAAUGAGUCCUCCACUGGAAACCGAAACUCCCAUCAUUCCAAAGAGUCCCUAUGGUCCACCUUCUGCUCCUGAAGGGCCAAUCAAAACGAUUCAGAUUACCCGUGAUGCAGCCACCAUCCAAUGGCAGCCACCCACCUCAGAUGGAGGCUCUGCCUUGACAGGCUAUGUGGUAGAGCGUCGUGAUGAUGGAAAGAAGUCCUGGAUGUAUGUUGGACGCAUUGACCCAGAAAACACUGUCUUUUCUUCCACUGGUCUCAACGAAGGCAUGGACUAUUUCUUCAGAGUGUAUGCAGAAAACAGGCAUGGGCGAAGUGGUCCCCUUGAAUCAAGCAUUGCAGUAGUGCCAAAGAGGAUUUUUGAACCUCCAACUGCCCCAGCCUCUCUGCGAGCAGAAGACAUUGACAAGACAUCGCUGACACUGGUCUGGACACCACCUGAAGCCAAGGAGGGUGUCACCGGUUACAUCCUAGAAAAACGUCUCGCAGACUCCAACCAGUGGGAAGAAAUUGCUCAUCUGUCCGGAAGAGCCAAGUCUCACAUGGUAGCAGAUCUUCCAGAGGGGAAAUCCUUCUAUUUCCGCAUCAUUGCAGAAAACCCUGCAGGUCAAAGUUCGCCAACUGAACUUCACUUGCCUGUGAAGUUGACAGCAAAGAAAGAAAAACCAUCAGGCAUUACAGAUGCACCCGUGGUGGAAGAAUUUGGACCAAAUUAUGCCCUGUUGUCAUGGCAACCUCCAGAGUCAGAUGGAGGCUCUCCAGUGACUGGCUACCUUGUAGAAAGAUCUGAUGUCACUGGGUGGUCAUGGUUACCAGUAAACAAAGAACCAAUCUCGGCAACCGAAUUGCGCGUUGAUCACCUUCAUGAAGGGUAUCCGUAUGAAUUCCGGGUUUCAGCAGUAAAUGCUAUCGGAACGGGAAAACCAUCUCCAGCCUCAGAACAGGUUAUCUGCAGAGAAACAAUUGUGACUGAAGCACCUAAAUUUGUGUCCGAGUUCACCACUGUUUCAGCAGCUGUUGGUAGUGAUGGGGUGUUCGAGUGUCAAGUCACCGGAAUACCCAAACCAGAAGUCACAUGGUUCAAGAACUACCGCGAGGUUGUUGGGCGGCGGUUUUCUGUUGAGUCUGAAGACAUCACCCACCGACUGAUUGUGAAACACGUUGAGUUGACCGACACAGGAGACGUGGAGUGUCAGGCGAAGAACAAAUAUGGAACCGUCUCUUUAAGAGCCAAACUUGUCAUUCUGGAACCAGCUAAGAUCAACUUGCCACCACGCAUGGACGAGGGUCUGCGAUUCAGUGAUGGUGACACUAUCAAGAUUCGCGUGCCAUUCUCCGGUCAGCCAAACCCGACGAUCACGUGGCACAAAGAUGGCAAAGAAGUGAUUGAAGACCACAAACGAAUCAGCAUCCACGAAACCCCGCGGUACUCGACUCUCAUCGUCCACGACUGUACCAAGGAUGAUGAAGGAAACUACACCGUCACAGCCACCAACACGCUGGCCACAGACUCGGCAACAAUUCCAGUUACUGUUGUUGAACAUCCUGACCCACCGAGCAAGCCCGAGGUAUCGAACAUCGACAAGCAUUCCGUCGACCUGAGCUGGACCGCCCCGGAAUACGACGGCGGGUCCCCGGUUACCAGCUACAUCAUAGAGAAGUGCGACUCGACGACCGGAGUGUGGCGCCACGCCAUGACGUCCAGCGUCCCAUCAUGCUCAGUUGUGUGUCUUGACGAACAUCACGAGUACAGAUUCCGAGUGCUUGCUGAAAACCUGUUUGGUAUCAGUGAACCGAGCGAGGCGACGGCCAUUGUGGUCACCAGGGAACCAGCACCAGUGGUGGAUUAUGAUAAUCUGUAUGAUGCCAACUUCCUGGGAACUGCUGUCGAUGUGAACAAAAUCCGAGGCGAUGUUCUUGGAAAAUACAUCAUCUGUGAGGAACUUGGAAGAGGUGCGUUUGGCGUUGUACACCGUGCCAUCGAGAGGUCGACGAAGAAGAACUGGGCGGCUAAGUUUAUCCACUGCCGACCACACAAGAAGGAGGUGGUGCGUCACGAGAUCGACAUCAUGAACAGUCUGCAUCACCCUAAACUCCUACAGCUGCACGAGGCCUUCGACCAGACCGGAGAGAUGGUCAUGAUACUAGAGUUGUUGAGUGGUGGUGAGCUGUUUGACCGCCUGGUAGAACAGGAGUUUGACCUCACAGAAGACGACUGCAUCACAUACAUGAGACAGAUCUGUCAAGGUGUACAGCACAUGCACAAGAACAACAUCAUCCAUCUCGACCUGAAGCCCGAGAAUGUAAUGUGUGUCAAGAAGGACAGUAAUGAUGUGAAAAUCAUCGACUUUGGACUGGCUCAAAAACUGGAGGAGGGGAAAUCCAUCAAAGUGUUGUUUGGCACUGCGGAGUUCUGUGCCCCUGAAAUCAUCAACUUUGAGCCUGUGUCAUUUGCCACAGACAUGUGGUCUGUUGGAGUCCUGGCCUAUGUGCUUCUGAGUGGAUAUUCUCCCUUUGCUGGCGAUGAAUUCUUGGAGACGACACGCAACAUCAACAGCAACAACUACGACUAUGAAGAUGACGUCUGGACCCCCGUGUCCGAUGACGCUCGGGACUUCAUUGACAAACUUCUCAUGCAGGACAAGAAGCAGAGAAUGACCAUUGAUGACUGUCUUGCCCACCCCUGGCUCAAUCCACGACCAAAACAUCCUGCUGGUGCUGAUGAACUUGAUGGGUCAGUGAAACAGGUGAAGGGACCCACGUUGUUGAGAAAGGGCCACCAAGACUACAGAGAACGAAACAGACACAAGGAGGAUGAACUUGACAUUCUUCCCAUUGGCCGUCUGUCUCGGGACAGCGCCAUCUUCAGGAAUGAAGGAGGGGAGGGAAUCCUGUCCAGAGAACUUAUCAUGGAAUUGCCAGAACAUGCCCCUGUGGUGUACGAGGAAUUGUCGGAUGUCACAGGUUACGAAGGAUCAAGGACAGAGAUGUCUUGCAAGAUCAUCGGAAAACCAACGCCAACCAUCACAUGGUUGAAAGACAAUAAAGAAAUUGUUCCAGAUGUCAAUCACAGAGUUACAUAUAAAGAGGGCGUGGCUACAUUGUAUGUUAAUGACCUUGAACCUGAGGAUGCCGGAACCUACACUUGCAGAGCAUCUAAUGAACUGGGUGACAUAGAGACGUCUGCUGACUUGAAAAUAGAAGAAGUGCGACACAGACGAAGAAAGAAGGCUGAAGAAGCUGCUGCUAAAAUCAAACUGGCACCGAGACACGAGUAUGACCUCAGUACACUGGACACGAACAUUGCACCAGAAUUCACUCUUCCUCUCAUAGACCAAGUCUGCCAAGUGGGAGAGGACAUUGAGAUGACCGUCACAGUGACGUGUCGACCAGAACCCGAUGUAGACUGGUAUUAUGGAGAGAAGAAGGUGGAACCGUCUGUGAGAUUCACAUUCAUACACAACAAGGGUGUCUACCAUCUCGUCAUCAGAAACGUCAAGACCACAGACGCGGGAGAGUGGCGUUGCCUGGCAACUAAUGCCUAUGGGAAGGCUUGGUGCUCAUGUGAUCUCAAAGUGUUGGAAAAAGUUCCUGCAGAUGCAAAGAAACCAAAGUUCAUUGAGCGUCUGGAAAAUAUGACGAUAACCGAAGGAUCAGUCGCACGCCUUGAGUGUAAGGUCAAAGGUCAUCCUACUCCUGAUAUUGAGUGGUACAAGGACCGCAAGAGAAUAGAAGCCAGCCGCCAUUUCAAGAUGGCCGCCGAGGACAACACCUACUCCCUGACAAUAGACGAUGCGAUGCUGGAAGACACAGGUCACUACAUGUGUCGCGCGGUCAACCAGGCCGGGUCCGCGUCGUCUGAGUCACGUGUCCGCGUCCAGACAAUCGCGCAGGCCGAGGACCAGCAGUUUGUGCCCGAUUCCUCCACCCUCGACCAGGCACCGAUGGCUAAGUACCGGUUCCAGACUCCUCCAGACUUCACGGUCAAACUGAGGAACAAGUCAACAUUCGAGGGGUCUCACGUACGCCUUGCGUGUUCGGUGACGGGAAUUCCUGAUCCACACGUCAAGUGGUACAAAGAUGGCACGGAAAUAACCAAUGAUAUGCAUUAUGCUAUCAGGAAUAACUACGGCCUGUUGUCGGUGGAGAUCGCCCGCACCAACUCCCGUGACGCUGGCUGUUACACGUGUGAGGCUUACAACAGCGAGGGCACAAUCACCUGCAGUGCCAGUCUCGAGAUUUUAGGCCAAGUAGCGGAAAUGGAAGAAGAUGAGUUUGUGAGACCGAAGUUCCUGGCGCCACUUGAUGACAUCUGCAUCACAGAGGGAGAAGAAGCGGUCUUCCAUUGUACAGCCACAGGAAAACCAGCACCCAGCUUUAAAUGGCAAAAAGACGUGCUUGAAAUCUCCCACACUGAACGUAUCCAGGUGUUCGCUGAUGGGCGUGGAAACGCCAGGCUGGUGAUCACCAACGCCAAGCGGACGGACUCGGGCCUGUACUUCUGUAUCGCUCACAGCAAGGCCGGGCGGUGCAAGUGCUCAGGCUCACUUAGAGUACUCGAAAAAUCCCAAUCUCCUCCACCAUUGAGAAAGGAUAAAAUUUCCGACAUGGUCCGGCCAGGAUACACAGGCAGAGACUAUGGUGCCCUCGAUAAGCUGACCGCGAUGGGCAAGCCACCAAGAUUCAGCAUCAUGUUGCCGCGGGAGAUCGAGGCGGUAGAAGGUGGCAAACUGCGACUCGAUUGCUCCGUGGAUGGCAUCCCACAACCUCUGGGCCAAGUAGCGGAAAUGGAAGAAGAUGAGUUUGUGAGACCGAAGUUCCUGGCGCCACUUGAUGACAUCUGCAUCACAGAGGGAGAAGAAGCGGUCUUCCAUUGUACAGCCACAGGAAAACCAGCACCCAGCUUUAAAUGGCAAAAAGACGUGCUUGAAAUCUCCCACACUGAACGUAUCCAGGUGUUCGCUGAUGGGCGUGGGAACGCCAGGCUGGUGAUCACCAACGCCAAGCGGACGGACUCAGGCCUGUACUUCUGUAUCGCUCACAGCAAGGCCGGGCGGUGCAAGUGCUCAGGCUCACUUAGAGUACUCGAACGCCAAGCGGACGGACUCAGGCCUGUACUUCUGUAUCGCUCACAGCAAGGCCGGGCGGUGCAAGUGCUCAGGCUCACUUAG